AGUUGAAAACUGAUAGCAUAAGUCAUAACAAGUCUAAAACCAUCUUGGCGAGGCCACUAUUUUUAACAAAGCCAACACGCUCCUCUCUCCCAUCUAAGCCUGCUCUCAUAAGAACUCACGUAAGCAAGGUGGAGCAACACACAACCACUGUGGUCCAGUGAUUCCUCUGAUGGAAAACUAAAGCUUUCCUUGCCACAGAUCACGCAGCAGGGAGCACCACUUGUGAAGAUGCGAAGACACACAAUUUUGCAAAGUGAGCUGAAAUUUAAGCCUGGCUGGUUUCAAAACGACACCCUGAAACGAUGCACAGCUCUGGGACACAGCAGCUGCAGGGUUCAGUUACUGCCACUUGCAAAAUCUUGCAACUCUUUUGUAGCUGUGGAGUUGAAGCCUUAGCCUUACAGGACCAUGUGAAGCACCUUUUCUGGAAUUAAGAAGCUUCUUGCCUAACCACCUUAUUUCCUGAACUGAGCUUCUGUGGAACAGGCAGUUGUUCCAGCUGUGACCUGGAGGUAAGAGUUCUUAAAGAACAUAAAGAGCAUGGUUCCAAUCAAUUUAACAUGAGAAUGACUGACAGAUUUUCUUAGCUGUUGUGAUUAAUAAAAGAGGAUAAGUAUAUGCACUUCCUUCUAAUCAAAGGGGAUACAAAUGAGUUAGUAUCGGAUAGAUCAAUCAUUUCCCUUUCUUGUGCAAAUGAUGCAUGCGUUUACUGGUUCGAAAUACAAUUUCCCAUUCACUCAGACUACUGCAAAAGGUUUUCCUUGUGUACAAAUGCAACAGGGUUUAGAAUUUGGGGUUUUGAAACAGUUAUUGCAUAGAUCCUAUUUAGACCAUAUUCUAGGGCCAAAAUGUUUCUUUGAGAAUACUUUCUAGGUAACACAAUUGUAAUUUAUGAAAUAUUGUCUCAUCUUUUUAACAUGCUUCCAAUAUAUGCCUUACUAGGAUUACAGUAACAACCAACAUUACGAUACUCUCACCGGAAGGGGGAAAAUUCACAAAGCUGAUAAGGUACAAUUAUAAUAAUUCCUAGUGUAGUUGGUCUGCCUUACUGAGGAGUUAAGACACAGAAUUGCAUCUCCUUCCAAUACAGCAUAGAGUUAUAUUUUCCUGUCAAUUCCUUGGCCACCUACAGCAAUCUCUUCCUCUGAUUCUUGCUAUCCUGGGCAGGCAGCAAAAGUUUGCUAAAGUUCCUUUUAUAAUCUGCUAUACAUGACUGGUGGACUGCAUUUAGUCAGAUGGGUCACAGGCUCAUAGUCAGCAUUCAGUAUCCUUGGGCAGCUGCCAGAGACUCAGAAUCCCACAAGGGCCGCUCUUGAGCAUUUUAUGCCGGGUGGCAGACAGCUAGGCUACGAGCCGCCAUUUUAAAUUUCCCAGGGCACUGUGGGAAAUAAAAAUGGUGGCUUGUAGCCACUCAUGACUGCUGGGCUCCAAUACAGAGUGGGGCACUUAGGGCUAUUUCCCAAAUGCCCCUUUGAACUUAGGAAUUGGCCUGCUUUUUUGCUGUGUCAUCUUUAACAAGCGUUUGUGUGUGUUUUUAAAAUCCUAUGAAAUAAAACAGCAGCAAAAAAGUUGAUUUUACGAUGCUGGGGUGACAAUGUUUGCUGAUUCUCUGCCUUAGAAGGGAAGACCUACAAUUAAUUAAAAGAUCCACAGAGAAAGCAGCACACACACAAACUGCUGUAGAAAAUAAGUGGGCCACCAGGCAAUACCCAGUAUUUAUAAUGGCUCAUUAAAAACAAAAGUUACAGGACAGCACACGUUAUUAAUGAAGUGGGAAUUAGGUGUGUGGUCAAAUACUUUUUUAAAAAAAAUAAAAAAUCCACCUAUCCUUUCAGACUUUCCUAUUGGUACAUUUCCUUUUCUUUCUUUCUUUUUAAAAAAGAAGCCUUGAGUUUAAACCUUGUGCUAGCACAUAUGGAACACAAUGUUAAUGAUGCAGAAGAGACCAUUUUUCACUGUUUCAGACUUUUACAUCCAUUACUCUCCUGUUUAUUAAGCCCAUGAGGUUCACAGUACAGAAUUUAUUUGCAAAUCCUACUCCCCUACAACUUUUAAGCCAAAGGCAUUAGGAAAUAAAUGGACAAAAGAAAAGAAAAGAAAAACAGGAAAGGUUAUUGUUUCAAAUAUCUGUAUAUCAUUUCAGCAAAAACAAACCACAAGCCAAUGCUGCUGUUGGGAUUUUAAAAAAUAAUAAUAAUUUUCCUUUGCAGAACAUACAUUUGCUAUGUGAGCAAUAAAUCUUGUAUCUGGCAGAUCGUUCUGUGUGGGCUACCAACCAGUAUUUCAAAAUCUCAAUGUAUUGUAAAUGUAGCUCCCAACUGUGUGCUAUUCAAUUUAGCUGAAACACACAAAUACCCUGGAUUUGCCCAGAAGUACCUGUAAACAUCUGAGGUGGUGUUCUGCAAACAAAGGCAAAUCAUUUGGGGAAAUUUCUACGCAAAUCUAAUUUAUUUUUCUUUAUAAAGAUGCAUUUGUAGAACACCAGCUCAGAUAAAUGAUUAAGGUGGUGUACAGGGGGAAAGCAGGCGCAAUAAAGCACAAUAAACCAUAAAACAAUGCAAAAUAAUUAUUAAAAAUGACUAUCUCUUCUUGAAAAGGCCUGCUGGCAUUAAAAUAUAUCCAAGAGAGACCUGGAAGUUAGCAGCGAGGAUGCCUGAAUCUCUGCUGGACAAGCGUUUCACAGCAUAGUCUGGUAGGAUAGCAAAGAUGCCACCCGCUGUUGCUAAUCUGCCCCUAUUGGCAGUUUAGUGGCUGCAUUCUGCACUAGCUAGUGCAAAUAGACAGGGCCCAGGACAGCCCUGCGCAGAGCGCAUUCCAGUGAUCCAGUCUUAAGGCUAGCAAUGCAUGGACUAGAGUGGCCAGGCUGUGCAGAUACAGCUGUAGCGGUGGCACCAGAUGAAGAUAGCAAAAGACGCUCCUUUCAAUAGCUCUGAGGUGGGUGCAAGCGUCUUUGCUCACAUUAAGAAGGCCAUUGCAGGCACAAAUAACCUAUUUUCUCAGCAUCAAUGCUGAAACACAUAAUCCCCCCCCACUACAUGUCACAAUAUGUGGCGCUGUGGUCGAAACCACUGAGCCCCUUGGGCUUGCCGAUCAGGUCAGCGGUUCGAAUCCCCGUGACGGGGCGAGCUCCCAUUGCUCUGUCCCAGUUCCUGCCAACCUAGCAGUUCGAAAGCACACCAGUGCAAGUAAAUAAAUAGGCACUGCUGCGGUGGGAAGGUAAAUGGCAUUUGCCUGCGCUCUGGCUUCCGUCAUGGUGUUCUGUUGCGCCAGAAGCAGUUUAGUCAUGCUGGCCACAUAACUCCAGAAAGCUGUCUGUGGACAAAUGCUGGCAAAGUAGAGAUGAGCGCCGCACCCCAUAGUCGCCUUUGAUUGGACUUAACCGUCAUGGGGUCCUUUACCGUUUUUUACAUGUCCACUGACUGGCAGCACCCACAAUUUUUACCUGCCAUUCUCCAGCUGGACAGUGGCGUUCUCAGAGCCUCUCUGCCCUGCAGUAACGUCCCCUUGAGCAUGUGCAGAGUGCUCCAAGCAAUUAACCGGGGGGGGGGCGAAAUAAGCCUUCCCAGACAACGCUGGAAACCGACACCCCCUCUCUCUUUUAAAACACACCAGCAUAUAAAACCCGCUGCGCUGCAAGCAGAGGUGCGUUGGCAACCACGGCUGGCGACUGCAGCCCAGGGCGAGAGUCCAGAGGCGGCAUGUGCUGAAGGGGCGGCACUCUCCGCCCGUGGCCGCGCGCCCCUCCGAGCAGGCCCGCCCCUCGCCUUCGCUGCGCGGGCUUUCCGCUUCCCCCUUCCGCGGGCCGCUUCCUUUUCCGCCGCGGAGCCGCCUGGCCAAAGCUCCGCUGCCGCCUGCUGCCUCCCAGCGGAGCGAGCGAUGCCCGGGGCCGCGCGCUAGGAAGCCCUGGGCCCACUCCAGGUGAGGGUGGAGCGGCGCGCCCUGCUUCGCAUGCGCUCCCGAUGCGCGCGAUGCCCCUGUCGGGUCCCAGGGGGCGAUAGACUCCGGCGGGGAAGGACAAAGGCGGCCGCCGGUAAGUUGCUGGCGAGGGGCGUGACUCUCCGCUCCUUAUAUGGAGGGGCGGCGGAGGGAGCGUUGCUUUAUAGACCUUUGCAUUCUCGCAUCUUUUUUUUUUUACACACACACACACACACACACACACACACACACACUCACACACACUUUAAUUAAAAAUAAAAUCGUAGUGAGUGAGUUGGCAUCGUUUGUCUCGGAGAAACAAUUGUUUACCAAAUCGUAGGAUUUGCAAUGAUGUUCCCCCGCCCCCAAUGUAUUAUAAUCUAGUGUUUUCUGUGAUCCAAGCUUUUUGUCGCUGGGGAAAUUGAGGCUGGUCGCUAGCGACUUGCUCCAGAAGAGGAAAGUCCUGCUGUAUUAACAUGAUAGAUGUGGAUCUAUGAUAGAUGUGGAUCUGUGACGGUCUUGAGCCCAGGGCAGAGUUCAGCAUUGGCCUCUGGCUCACCUGGGGUCCACCACUAUCAGUUGAAGGUGCAGGAAUGGCAUUAAUGUUACUUGGUUUGGGUCAUGAAAGCACCCCAGUUGGUGUGUCCAGCAGCAGAAAUAGCACCAGAGCGCUUUAUUUAUUAGGGUUGUCAGAGAUUCUGUGAGGUAAGGUACAUCCUGUACUUCAGAACGCUUACGUUCCACAAGAAUUUGUUUGCUUUGAAAAUUUAUUCCACACCUAGCUUUCGAAAAGAAACUCGAUUUGGCUAACGGGUCACAACAGUUAAGAUCAAAAUGUUAACACCAGAAACUUAAACAAUAAUACAGAUUCCAAAACAGCCCAGGGAAAUUAAAACAUUGGGUAUAAACCAACUGAAGGAGAAACCAUCAGCCUUUUCAAACAAUUGUGCUUAAUGGAUCCCCCCAUUUCUCAAGAGUCCCAUUGAGAACUUAAGUGUAGAAAUAAUAUUGCAAAAAUGCUUUGUGUGUACCAUUCCCUCAAGUUUUCCUGGGCAUGGCAGCAAGCAAGCCAACAAAAAACUGUUGGUGGCCCUUUAAUUGGACUGAGUAUGACAUGCCACUAGGUAAGGGUUGCACCCCUCCUGUGAUGACUUUCCUUUGAUUUCUCACUUCUGGCAUUAAUACCAGGAGAGUGUGGAGACCAGGAGCUGCCAUAGCCAACAACAGUGGUGCCCCGCAAGACGAAUGCCUCGCAAGACGAAAAACUCGCUAGACGAAAGGGUUUUUCGUUUUUUGAGCUGCUUCGCAAGACGAUUUUCCCUAUGGGCUUGCUUCGCAAGACGGAAACGUCUUGCAAGUUUCUUUCCUUUUUCUUAACACCAUUAAUACAGUUGCGACUUGACUUCGAGGAGCAACUCAUAGAACGCAGUGUGGUAGCCUUUUUUGAGGUUUUUAAAGACUGGUGAUUUUUGAAGCUUUUCCAAAACCUUCCUGCCACCGUGCUUCGCAAGACGACAAAACUCGCGGAACGAAUUAAUUUCGUCUUGCGAGGCACCACUGAACUGGGUUUUCUCUAAUGCUCUGGGCAGGAGGAAGUGAAGAUAAGGUGGCUAUAUGGAAGAGAGGAAAAACAGCAGGAACUGUGACUGGACCAGAGUAGCCAACUACUUUACUGGGGAAAAUGUUAUCAAAGCUGUCUCUUUAAACCAUAAACGAAUGCCCUUAGAUAAAUAGAGGAGCUAUCCUAAUGGAGAGAAAGCACAUGGAGCAACAUGUUUUUGCAUAUACUUUGCUGUGCCAGCUCCAUGGAUUGGGCUCUUUCUUAGGAACUGGACCAGCUUUGGAUCCAGUGGGCCCAUCCCUGCCCUCCACUCCUGAAAUGCAUCAUUUGGGGGCCUUACACUAGCUGCCGCUGGUGAGACCACUACUGCUAGUAGCAGGUGCUGUGCUUUCAGCAGGUGCCUCCACAGCAGCAGAGCCCAUUGGAGGGACAUCUCUGCCAAAUCCUAACCCACACUAGCACCAUGGAUUGCGGAUUAGGAUAGUUCUGUAAGUGAAUUGCAUCUGGUUGAUAAGUAGGUGUUUCGCACCCAAGGGGCAGCACGGGGAUUGAUUCUCACAGACAUGCUCGUAUCUCUGGUGUUAGGCAGUUAUGGAACUGGCUUAGUGAUCAGCUUACGAACCAGGGUUCCUGGAUAUCUGCAGGCUAUGCAUUUUAUUUAAUUAGUACACUUAUAUGCUUCCUUUGGGGGGGGGGGGGAGUUCUGUGCAGCUUCCAGGCUUCCCAUUCAGGCAGUGUCCCAUCCAGCCAAUGAGCAGGCUGAGAGAGCUACAGCGUAACAGCAUUAUGUACCCUGAGUCCAUUCUCUAAAGGCCACCUGUGCACAAAGUUGGGUGAAUCUGGUGAAAUGUGUUGCCACCCUUUGGAUACACAGAGAAAUGAAAGAGUGCCAAUUGACUUUUCUUCUCAAAGGCAUCACAGAAUCAUAGAAUAGAAUCAUAGAAUCAUAGAGUUGGAAGAGACCACAAGGGCCAUCGAGUCCAACCCCCUGCCAAGCAGGAAACACCAUCAGAGCACUCCUGACAUAUGGUUGUCAAGCCUCUGCUUAAAGACCUCCAAAGAAGGAGACUCCACCACACUCCUUGGCAGCAAAUUCCACUGUCGAACAGCUCUUACUGUCAGGAAGUUCUUCCUAAUGUUUAGGUGGAAUCUUCUUUCUUGUAGUUUGGAUCCAUUGCUCCGUGUCCGCUUCUCUGGAGCAGCAGAAAACAACCUUUCUCCCUCCUCUAUGUGACAUCCUUUUAUAUAUUUGAACAAUCGUGGAAUGGCUCCCUCUUAUUGCCUUUGACUCUUUCUCUCUCGUUUCUUUUUCUCUCGACUGGUCUCCAUCUCACCCUUGCCGGAAAGGACUCCUGAGCUGGAAGAGCCAACAUGAAAGGUGAAGAAACUCGGCAGCGGAGAAAGGAAGGCAGAACUCGCAAUGGAGAGCGGUCCAGGCACAAAGCAAAGGGCAAGGGUAAACACAAAGAGAGCAAACUUGGCAGCCAGGGGACAGAGGAUGGCUCUUUGCUGCUGCCUCAGAAGCAGCCUGCUGAAGCAAAAGUGGCAAUGGCAAAGCUUCAGGAGGAGUCUGCCAUCGUGAUUGGCCUGCAGGUGCUCCUGCCGUACAUGAUGGCGGGCAUGGGCAUGGUUCUUGCAGGGAUGGUCUUGGAUUACGUUCAGGUAGGAAGAACAGAACGUUCUGUGCAUUUGCUUCUUUGUGUUCUGUGACUAGAGGGCAGGAUCUGUGAUGUUUCUCUGCUAGCUGUCAACAGCCCAGGGCAGUUAAAACUCAAGAUCUCAUAUUGUUUGGGGUAGCUAAUUCACACCCACCUCGUUGUCCAUAGUUGCAAAAUCCCUUUGCCUGUAUUUACUUCAAGACUAAGGCUGAAUUUCUGCAAACACUUUAUAUGGGAUGUUAUGUAAGUCCUGCAAGUCUGCUGAACUUAGUAAAUAUGCAUGGAGUAGGGGUGUACUGGUAUUUUUCUUGGGUGCCUAAGUUCCUUAGUUGAUUCAAGAAUUAGAACACUGUGUCACUGUGUCCCUUCCUGGCCCAGGGCUGUUUAGAGAUGGCUUCUGUAUAUAACAUCUACAGAUUCUGCUGUUCUCUAUUCCUAUCUCUGCUAGCUGCUAAUGUUACGUAUUUAUUGCUUUAAUCUUGCUUUGUGUACUGUCUUAAGUGCAAUAGCUGUAGAUAAUGUCUGAAAUAAAUAGUCUUAAACACAAACUCUUAUUUAUUUAUUUCAUUAUUUUAAAAAUUUAUACACUGCUUGAUUGUAAACAACAAUAAAGCGUUUUGCAAAAGGAUGAAACAAUAAAACCAAGAAAAAAAAUUACAGUCCUAAACUCAGAGGUUUGUCCUAUUGCUAUCAAUUAGAUGUGUCUACAUUGGAUUAAAGUCUUAAACAAACAAGGUUUUAAAAGUAUUAAAUCAAGUAUUGAUUUUUUUUUUAACUAGAGACAGGUGACUCAACCCUCUGCUUUAUUUUUAUAUUAAUGUUUUCUGUAUAUUCUAUAAGUUAAAACUAGAAUUUGAAUAAGUACUUCCUAAUGGGUGCUUUUUUAAGGACUGCAAUCCUUUUCUCUCACUACCUGAUUUAUUUAACUAGCAAGGCACCAGGUCAUGCUGCCCCUUAUCUAUCAGAUAGGAGGAUUACACUGAGACAACAGGGGGCGGGGCGGAGAACCUUUCCUGCAUGUCCUGACCACUUUAACAGAGCUGAAGUUAAUAUUUCUCCUGGAUAUUUAGCAAAUCAGAAAGGUCCCAUAAGGUUAGAGGUCCCACCUAUUUCAAAUUGACGCUGUGUUCCAGAACUCAUUUUAUUGUACUAGGUAAUAAAGGACAUACUGUACACGCUAUUGAGAAUCCCUGUAUAAACAGACACCUUAUUAUUGUUUUUAAUAUGUACCCUUUUAAGACGGUUAAAUCGCUACAGUCAAACCUCGGCUGUCGAGCGGAAUCCGUUCCGGAAUCCCUUUUGGCUUCCGAAAUGUUUGACAGAUUCUGAUUGGUUGCAGGAGCUUCCGGCACUGUUCAGCUUUUGAAAAACGUUCAAAAACCUGAGCAUUUACUUCCAGGUUUUCAGUAUCCGGGAGCCAAAACGUUCCAAAAUGGAGGCAUUUGGUAGCCGAGGUUUGACUGUAUUAAUUAUUUUUAUUCAUUUUUAUUGGAUUUUAAUAGCAACAGUGCAAACAAAUAAAAAAUCAAGAUUCACCAUUCAAAGGAAGGACAUGUUAUCCUCAUCCAAUAAAGAGAAUCGUGACACUGGGAAUGGGGAUCCUCUGGCCCUAAUCCAGCGCACCAGGCCUCACAAUCUGGGCCCCAGGCCAUGACGCUGAAGAGAAGAAAGGGUCUAGUUUUCAUUCCCAUUGUGGCAUGGCUCUAAACCCAGGACACAAAGCUUUCCAUUGAGGUAAUGCCUGAAAAAGGUUCUCUAUGUCUGUUCUGUUGUAUAUCCAUUGCGUCUAUCAAGGUCCUCUUGAUUUAGCUGUGGGGAAGUUCAGUCAACUUUGCCUAUCUCUCUUUUACUUCCUAAUUGACAAUAACUGUGAAGUGCUUUGGAAGUCUAGAAUCAUAGAAUCGUAGAGUUGGAUCCUGUAGCCCAGCCCCCUGGAAUACAGGAAUCUCAACUGAAGCAUCCAUGGCAGAUGGCCAUCCAACCUCUGCUUAAAAACCUCCAAGGAAAGAGAGUCCACAACCUCCCGAGGGAGACUGUUCCACAAUGUGCAGCAGAAGUGCAGUAGAAAUGCCACAUGUUGGAUUUUUACCGACGUUUAUGCUCUUAAAUAUGUUGUUGAAGUCACUUGGGUGCCUUUCUGUAUAACAAGCAACUAACGAGGUCAAUAGAUAAUUAUUAAUAUAAAAAAUGAGUAUUGGAGACCAACAACUAGAUCUGUUUGUCUAGUUAGCUAGCUAUCUUUGUUUGAAAGCACUUCAUCCUUGACUGGCUGACUUGGAUUGUUAUUUUGGUUUUGAUGGCAUUUCUUAUUUAUUUGUGUGGUGUGUAGGUGUCUUGUUUAUCUCUUUAGUGCUUCGAGGUGCAGGGCACCAUACGGGAGUCUUAUAAUGAAAAGAAAACUCCUGUUCCCAAGUGUGCACAGAUACGUAAGCUUAUUUAUUUCUGUGCUGACAGAGGCAUUCCUCUUGGCUGGAGACACCUUAACUGUGUAAUAAAGGAAGAAAGAAAUUGUACACUCUCAGGUCUCCUGAGCUAACUGGCACUUUCUGAAUAUUGAUUUGUUGCCUGUAGGCUUUUUUAUGGUGCUUGCUUAAUAAUGGACGGAUAUGGAGAGCAAUAAACUCAUUCACCCAAGACUGUUGAACCUUACUGAAGGCCAUGCUUGCUACCACAUCCCAGUAGGAACUGGAACUGCUCCCUGUGCCAUGGAAUUGCUGUGUGUGAGAGGGAAAGCAGCAGAGAGAGCAGGUGAUGGGAAAUGGCAGAGAUCGAACUGAACGCAAUUUUGGAGCCCCAUCACCUCUGUGGGAAAUGGGCUACAAGGAGUCCCUGCUCUUUUAACUCUCAGCAUGGGUUGUAAGAUUUAGCAUGAAGGCUGGGGGAAAUUGGUUGAUAAAGUAAAUGAGUGGCAGUGAGGUUUGGGAGCUGGAGUCACCACCCUGCCAUUUUGGAGAUGUUUCUGUGACAUGGCCUGCCUUUAAUAUGUUUUCAUGUAUGUGUAUUUUGUACAUACAGCAAGGCAAGUGGCUACUAAGGAGAAGGGCUGGCUUUGGUGGCACCCUGGCUGUAGAAUUGCCCCUUCCCCUCACAAAAGGCCUGCCUGGUGUCCUUUUUAUGGUGCCAAAAAGCUAUUUUCCCCCACCUUUUUUUAAAAAAAGUUGUUUUAAAUAAGCCUCUCACACCAUUUCAUAGAAUUGUAGAGUUGGGAUUUGAGAGAAAUAAUCUCUCUCUCUCUCUCUCUCUCUCUCUCUCUCUCUCUGUGUGUGUGUGUGUGUGUUUUAAUCUAAUUGUUUUAUUCUGUUUCCACUAGAAAGAUUUUUUUCAUUGUUUUCUAAGUACAAUCGUACCUCAGAAGUUGAACGGAAUCCAUUCUGGAAGUCCGUUUGACUUCCAAAACAUUUGGAAACCAAAGCGUGGCUUCCAAUCGGAAGCCGCAGAAGCCCCGUCAGAUGUUCGACUUCCAAAAAUAGUUCGCAAACAAAAGAUAGUCACUUCUGGGUUUGCGGCGUUCAGGAGCCAAAACCUUCGAGAACUAAACUGUUUGUAAACCAAGGUAUGCCUGUAUUGCGUAUUGUAUUGUUAAUACUUUAAUUUGUUUUGACUUUUGGGCAUCCGAACUGUGUCAAGAGUGUUUGCUGGUGGGCAGCCAUACUUAAUCAGGGAAUCUCGUUCUGACCCUGUCCGUUGGCCAGAGAGACCUAAGGACAGUGUGCACCCCCUGCCUCCCAGAAAGAAAAGAUUAUGUGAAGGGGGAGACCAGUGUGAACCUCCCCCGCCCCCAGCAGUCAGCUGGAGGAGAAGCAGCUCUGGGGAGUUUGCUUUCCACCCCCUCCCUUCCAGAGAGAAUACUCAGCUCAAACUGCCAGUUGUUUUCAGACUCUGAAGGGAAACACCGUGAUUAAGGGGAUCUGGGUGUGGGUAGUAGGUGUGAAGGGGAAUCUGAAGCACCCCUCCAUGCUGCCAUUUCUGGAAGGCAACAAGGGACGUGAAUAUUGUUUUUCUGAAAGUGAUGCUGUUCCAUAGGAACAGGAAGCCUGAAGAGGUUUUAUUUCCUCUUCCUGUGCAGCAAGGUAAUGUCUAAGGACCAUUCAGCUGAUACUAGAUGCAGAUGUGCUAGGUUUAAGCCAGGCAUGUGUCUAACUGAGUAGAUGCCUAUUCCCCGUGGUGAGGAAAGCAUGUAAAAAGAUUAGUGGCAAGGCAGAUAUUAUCACUGAAAACUUUAAAAAACAACAACAAAAAACCACCCAGCUUUUGUCAGAAAGGCUUCCUUAUUCAGUCCUCAUGAUCAACCCACUUUUAGUAAUCAGAGUGAAAUCUGCAGGGAUGCUUGCAGAGAUAAAGUGGGCGUUAGAGUUGUGUAGCACCAUUUGAAGGAAAGGCUGCUUUGCGAGGAUCUGUGGUACCAAAAAGUGGCACAGAACAGAACAAAAAAUAAAUAACAGAACAGAACAAAAAUCAGGUAAGUUUGUUACCUGAAACGUCUAGUCCUCCAAAUGCCUGCAAAACUUCCAUUAAAAGAAAACAUGACCCUCCACAUCUUUAAUUUGGGGGUGCUAUCGCUUUUUAGAAAAUUAUUUAAACAUUCAGAUUUCUAUCCAUUUUUUAUUAUAUCCCUUUUGAUCCAAAACUAGACUCAAGGUGGCGCUGAAUGACAAAAACUACACCACAAACUAUUUGCCAUCCAAUUAAUGACAGCCCCCUUCUGGUCUCACUCAUAAUCAAGAAUGUGUACUGAGAUUUUCUUCUUAAAGAAUUGAUCAAAGGGGAUGACAACAUAUCUCAGACAGAAACUUCCCACAUCUAAAUUCCCACACAGUUGACAAAAUUUGAACCACCUGGGCCAGAACUUUCCCACCCGGAUUCCACGAAGGGGUUGGGCUGAUAGAGCCCCACGGAUCAUUUUUACACUAGUGUGUGCCAAAUGCCCUUUCUCUCAAGCCACCACGGACUGUGUCACUUUUUUCCUUCUUCUUUCGUCUUUUUUAAGCUAUGCAUAACAGUGCCUUGCAGACUUUUAGGACAGGAAGUAAAAACAAACAAACAAACAAACCACAUAGAACCAACCCCCCUGGAAACUUUUCCACUGACUAACAAGACUAAAGAACUACCUUAAAUAAAACUUGUGCACAGACUCUUAUCACAGGCCUUUGCAUAGUAGCUGAAGGCUGAAGUGAUGACAGCAGAUAAGGGUGUUAGCCUUUGAAGCUCAUUGGUUUUUGCUGUGGAAUUUUUUUUCUUCUUCUGAAAGUCAGUCUUUUAGAGACAAGCAACCACAUAUUUCCUGAACUUUUACACCCUUAGCAAAGCUUGGGGAAACAGAGAGAAGAAAAGGGAGCAGAGGGACAAGAGUGCCUUUCCACUUGGUACAUCUCCUAAGCUAUUCCUCUUGACCUCUUCAGUGGGACCAGCCUCCUAUCCCUGAUGACCUUUCUUCACCUUGAGGAAACAAGAGGGAAAACAAGAGAAAACUGAAGAGUUCAUUACCCUCCGCCUCCUUGACUCGGGACGGCAAGCAAGUAUAGUUCAGUGUCAACACAUGAUGAGCUGGAAGCAGUUGUGACCGUUUCAACAGCACAGGAUUACAUUUUCAACCAUCGUAUUUGUAACUUGAGGAGAAAGGACACCAGUGACUGAAAUAUUCAAGAGGGAUCUGUGCACAGUCUGUUACGCUUCAUGCUGGUGGAACUCAGUGCCAUAGCUUAAGCCGGUCUUUCUGGUUUCCAUCCAGGUUGCUGAAGUCACCGAAGAAGUGGUUUUGUAUGUAUUUAUCCGUAAACAUCUUAACAAUCAAAUUCCUUCCUCUGGAUUCUGUUUCCUUUCUGGAGUAUAAUGUAAAGAAGGAGCUGCCUUGAAGCGUUAAUGAAAGCUGCAUUUAUCUAAGACAAAUGGAAUUUAGAAAGUAGCCUUGUGGUUCUUUGGUGGAAGAGAGAAGACUGCAAACAGAAGACACGUGGUGGCAGAACCCUGACUUAAAAAGUGCCUUAGGCUCUGGAAUGUACAACUGAAAGUGAGGACCACCUCCAUAUCCUGGAUUUCCUCCAGCCCACCUGCUUCUUGAGUAUGCGUUAAUGGCGCUCAGUCAUGGUGGUCACGCAGCUGAAAUUGGAGCUGUGCUUCCAUGGGAAAAAACUCAGAGGUUUCACCUGCAGGUACAUCAGAUCAGUCAGUGGAUUCCUUCCAGAAACAUCGUUCACCAUAGCAUCACAGAUUUUUGUGCCAUUCAUCCUUUCAGGUUUCGGCCUGUUAUUUGCUGGAUUGUUGAUCGAUACUGUUCAAGUAUGUAUGGGCUUUCAAGUACGUUAGUAACACCAUUGGUAAAUGUUGCCUGGGUGACUUUGAGCAUCACUUUUUAAAUUGUGGGUACCUAGGAACUACAAGCAGUGUUGUGUGCUUCCUUGUCUGUGGGGAAAGUGCCUUCCAUGGGCACGCUAGGGUCACAAAGAGGUAUUUCAGAGGAAAGCUCUCGUUCAUUUUCAAGGCACAUGACUUUAUCUAACUGUCCGGGAGCACAGCUACUAGGAUGAGUUGUAUAAUACUAAUGAGAGAGGGGCCAACAGGGAAUCCUGGGGAGCAUAUAAAUGUUUGGGAAAUCCCUCUCUAGGCAAGCUUCAGACUACUGAGCUCUGGAGUUCAGUGCUAGGUGAACAGGAUGCUGCUCAUUUUGCUCUGAACCUGAGUGGUACAGCAUAGGGGAGGGGAUCAUUUUCACUUCUCCUUUCCACAUAGUGAAAUUUGACUGGGGGUGCAACCCUUGACCCUUAUUUCAUUCCUACUGUGAGUGGCUCAGACAGGCCAAUUCCAUCUCUCUUCCCCUCCCCUUUCCUCUCUCUUUCAACUGACACUCGUUUGAACUCAACAUUCCAUGAUACCUGUCCUCCUGAGUCUGUUUUUGUGGGAGGACGUGGUGACCUUUUUUCUGUUUGUAAUUCCCAAAUUAAUGUUUUUCUUCAAUAUCUGGGAAGUCGGCUGAGUAUGCAACAACUCUUGCCUUGUCUGUGGGUGGUUCAUUUCACUGUUCCAUUGAGUCCCAUGGCCAUCCCUCAUGCGUGUGACUUUGCUUACACCAGGAGAGAGUCAUUUGCAGCUUAACCCUGUGCACAAGUCUUUGGGGAUAAGCCCCACAUGCUGUUGAUAGAAUCAUGCUGUUGAUCUUUGUAACAUGUGUCACUAUUAUAUUAUAUUAGCCCAAAUUCAUUCAUUCAUUCAUCCUCUCUCUCUCCCCUCCUUUCCUCUCCCUGUCAUUUUUGAUCCUGGUAGAAAUGUCACCAGUACUCUUGCUGCCUCCCCUGAGCAUCAGCUGAUAUACGGGGGCGGGGGGGGGGGAGAGAGAGACGGCCAGUUCAUGCACGACAUAUAAGGAAUGGAAAUCAAACAUGCACCAUUAGAUCUCUGGCAGCACUGACCUUGCCACUUUUCCUGCCAUGUUUUUCUUUGUCACCCUCAGGGACAAAUUGCACACGAUGCUUAAUGAGUAGCAUGAUUGAUUACAGGUGGAGUGAGGGAAAUUCCUACCAUAAAUGCAGUUUAUGGUAUGGAGAGACUUAUUUCUUCAUUCUCCAGCCACAAGUGGUACAGACGUUCUGCCCUCCCCAUUUGGCCAGAAGCCUGGGAGAGAGAGCAUUCCCACCAAUGCCAAUUGACACCCCCCCCACACACCUAUCCCUGCAGUUAUUGUUGUGAUUGUGAUUGGGGAGAGAAAGAGUCAUGAUGCCGAUAAUUUAAUUAACGAAACUCCAGGAUAUAGCUGUAUGCUACACAUUAGGCGUCAUUUUGAACACUUAGAAUCAGAUGCCACAAAGACAAUAUUGCACUGAUGAGCUCCAUGUUAAUUGAUAGCCGUGUCAUGUAGGAUUUUCAGCCAUGUGGACCACAUAAUGUAAGAGCUCAGCUGACUGUACUGGAUACAGACGAUAAGGACAGAUCCCAACCUCGUCAUAACUGAGCAGAAAGUAAUAAAAUCAUUAACUGACACUACUCACUCUGUGUACACUGUCUGCUUUGUAAAAGAGCAGCCCCUGUGCAGCUCAGCAGUGUCAUGAGGAAAGCAAAAUUAAGAGGUGCGGACAAGGGAGGAAUGAGUAACUCUUGGCUCCAGUUUGAGAUGAAUGCAGAGGUCACUGAGCCAGCCUAUACCCUUGAUGGUGCUAUUGUAAUUUCGGAAUACUUGCAUUCAUUUUUGAGGGUUUUUAAAAUUUGCGCUGAAGGUUGGAUUUGAUGUAAUAAAAACAAAAACAAAAAACCCUUAAGGCUGUGAGUCACACAUAAUGAUUCACGAAAGAAUAACCGUAUUCUAAAGGGGAAGGGGAAGGAAUUAGAAAUUGGGGGUUAUUUGAUUUCUCUGUUACUGCCUGUAAUUACCACAGGUGUUGUCUUUUUAACGUGCACAGAAGAUGGUUAGGAUAUCAUGCCUCCAUGUUUAGGCUGCUUUUGUUGUCACCAGAGUGUUUGCUGUUGGGUCUACACACCCCUUUCCAAUCAAGUCUGGAAGAUUAGCAAGCUAAUUUCCAGAGUUACUUUUCUCAUCUAAUCCAUUUUUUUUUAUCCCAUAUACCAUGAUCCAAGAUGUUAAAGCUACUAAUCACUACUAAUGCAACUUACACUGUGUUUUUUCCUACUAUGCAUCUUUCUUUCAUAUUGCACAGCUUUGUAACGACACUUUGUUCCUCAGUCUCCCCCCCCCCCCAUAUUCUGUUCCUUUCAGCAUUUCUGGUACAGUGGUACCUCGGCAUAAGAACUUAAUUAGUUCUGGAGGUCCGUUCUUAACCUGAAACUGUUCUUAACCUGAGGUACCACUUUAGCUAAUGGGGCUUCCCGCCGCCACCGCGCAUUUUCUGUUCUCAUCCUGAAGCAAAGUUCUUAACCCGAGGUACUAGUUCUGAAGCGUCUGUAACCUGAAGCGUCUGUAACCCGAGGUACCACUGUACUCAUGUAAAUGCAUAGCUUAGUAGCUGAAACCCAUAGUAAUCAAUCCAUAUCUAAUGAUGCUUGGCAAGUUUGGAUUGCCUGUCCUUGCAGAAGAAUAGUGGGGAGAGUCAUUCCACCAUCUGCUGUCUCAAAGUCCUGAAGAUUAGGGUUGUUUAUGACUAGUUCAGGGGAGUAUCUUCAGCAGCAGAACAUCAUACAAAUGCACUAGCUUUGCCACAUUCCCCCCCCCCCCGAUAUGGAACUCUUAAGAAGCUACUGGCCUAGAUGACUCAGGGAGGCUUUUGCUGCUCUCUUGGUGAGCAUCCUUCAAUAGGCUGAGGAGAAGAGUGAGGGUUUGUUCCGUUGGAGAGGAGUGAAAGAGGAGGAAGGUCUAUGAGCAGGGGCUGGGGAGAAUCAAGGGAGAAAGGUGGGUUACAGGAAGGGAAAUUUGGUGGGGAGGUAAGUAGGCAGGUGGUAGAUUGAGGGGAGGAAUGUAGGCAAUUUGGGAGGAGAUAGAUAAAUUUGCAUGGAGAAGGUGGCAACUGAGGAAAGGAAGGAAUGGAGUAGCUUCAAAGAGGAAGAGAUAAGCAAAAGACUGGAAGGGUAGAAAAUAUGCUUCUUCAUUUGCUGCUGCUCCAGCCUCCUGGAAUUCCUUGCAGGCAGGUUCCUACUUGUUAAUCUAUAAUUCAAGCUCUCCUUUGUUCAAACUUAUCUUUUCAUCUAAGAGCACCUUCUUUGGGUCACAUUCCUCCAAGGGCCAUUUUCUAGCUCCUUAUAUACAACUGCUGUUAACAAUGAACUGGUUCUUUUUCUUUUUCUUCACCUCAUUCCUUUUCCAAGGCCCACUGAGCCUCUGUGGUAAUUUCCAGCUGAUUUUGCUGGAAAUUACCACAGCACAGCACCAUUACCACUGGUCUUCGUCAUUAGGUUUAUCAGCUGGUAUUAAAUACCGAUGUGUGGCUCUAUUUUCACUUGAACUGUCUCCUGCCAUGAAGAAGAGUUUGAAUUUGAUAUCCCGCUUUAUCACUACCCGAAGGAGUCUCAAAGCGGCUAACAUUCUCCUUUCCCUUCCUCCCCCACAACAAACAGGUGAGGUGAGUGGGGCUGAGAGACUUCAGAGAAGUGUGACUAGCCCAAGGUCACCCAGCAGCUGCAUGUGGAGGAGCAGAGACGCGAACCCGGUUCCCCAGAUUACGAGUCUAUCACUCUUAACCACUACACCACACUGGCUCUCACCGUGUUGUCUCUCCUGUUCCCACACCCUGGAAUGAAGGCAUAUGGACAUACAUGUCAUUAAUGGAGAAUCUCUGCCCCUCUAGAAGUUGGACUACAACAGUCAGGGAUAGUCAGGGAGAGUAAUAUAUACAAUCAGACCUUUGGUUCAUUGAACCCAGGGCUUUCUGCUCUGACUGACCGGCAAAGGAUCCAGGAACAAAAAGUUGAGGUCACGGUUGCUCCUUACAGCAAGUGAAGGAACCUGCCACCCUUAAUGACUUUGUUUAAACGAUCUCGUCACAAAAUGGUAUGGGAAGGAGGAGUAAGUAAUUCACUGGCAUUAUCCAAUAGGUUCCCAUGGCAGAAACAUAACAUUAUUCCAUGAUGCAGAGCUCUAUAUGACUACUAAUCUUGCAUAUACCUAUGCCAACAAGCAGGUGGUCACAUAAAAGAGGUUGCCUCAAUUUUUGUUAUAUAUAUUGUUUAUGGUGGCUGAUAUUACUAGUUGGUUUCACUACUUUUUUGGGCAGGGAGAACAGAAUCAUUUAGUCCUUUGGCGAGCAAUUUCAAAGAUUUCAUUGCCUCGGGAUCUCUCUUAGCUAGUGUUGCAUCACCAUGUUGCCAAGUACAAUGUGUGGAAAUUGUGCAUCCGUGUUUGUGACUAAAGAAGACUGUGGUUGGUAUAGCGGUGGAUUAACAUCCUCUCCUCUCCCUUUCUCUCAGCACUGGACUGUGUUCAAGACUAUCACAGAAAUAUUUAUCCUGAUUCCAGCCCUUGUCGGAUUGAAGGGCAACCUUGAAAUGACCUUGGCAUCUAGACUUUCUACUGCUGUAAGUGUCAACUUUGGUGUUGUUUUACUUUUUAAUAUGCAGAGAUGUGUUCAUGACUUUUAUUUCACAAGGACAGUUUGGAGGUGUAAUCAAAGAAGUCUCCUUAGCUGCCCAUCCAUGAACAUCGAUUGCCAGUGGUGUUGCUACAGGGUAUCCCAGAGACCUGAGCUCCAGAUCUUUAACAUUCCAGAUCUUUAGAUCUCCUGCCUGUUCCUCUCCUUUUUUAGUUUUCAAACUUUGCUUACAGGGUACUUCUAACUGGCUGAUUAAAUCUGAUUAAAAGUAAGCGUUGAUUUGCUGCAGCUAACACCAACAUGCUGCGUGCCUCUUAUACCAGAAACAAUUAAAAUAAGCCACCUUAUAACUUAUUCAUUGCAUUUGUCCGUUUAGCUCAUUAUUGUCUACAUGAGGGGUAGGGAACCUCAUCCUGAGGUCCACAUUUUUGUGGCCAGUCUUCUGGAGGCAGAUGGUCAACGGUGGACAUGGCUAAGAGAAAAUUGGCCUCCCCCCCCCCCAAUGCACACAGACACACAUAUCACCACACAACAAAGCAGGGGCAUGGAUAUUGUCAGGAGAAAAAGAUGCCGUAGUCUCCCUGCCCCACCUCCUUGCUCAGCAGUGGCAAAGCGUGGGCUGCACCUUUGAGAAAGUGCUGCUUUGAGGUACUUCAGCAGUAUUGAGGCAGCAGCUCAUAGUGAAGAUAGAUUCCCUUGCCUGUUGGGAAAGGCAAGAGAUGAUGGAGGUGGAGACUUCCGACAGAGCAACCUCCCCUUCUCCUUUCAAGGUGCUGCAGCCACUUUUCUCUCUGUUCAUGAUGGAACCGCUGCUUCCAGGUCACUGGUGCGACCAAGAAACAAGGCAGGAGCAGACUUAAUUCUCAAUGUAAACCAAUCAGCUGAGCAAUGAGGAAAAGGCAGCCGGGCUUUCUAGGGCUUAGUGGGCCCUGUUUCACAUGUGAAACAGAUAAUCCCAAAAAAUUGUGUUGGGUAGGGAGAUUGGCCGUGAUAAAAAUGAAUAUCAUUGCCUAGUCAGUGGCAACCUGUUGUUCCAUGCACACACAAACCAACUAUUAAAUAUUGUUGUUGUUGUUUAGUUGUUUAGUCGUGUCCAACUCUUCGUGACUCCAUGGACCAGAGCACGCCAGGCACUCCUGUCUUCCACUGCCUCCCACAGUUUGGUCAAACACAUGCUGGUAGCUUUGAGAAUACUGUCCAGCCAUCUCAUCCUCUGUCGUCUCCUUCUCCUUGUACCAUCAAUCUUUCCCAACAUCAGGGUCUUUUCCAGGGAGUCUUCUCUUCUCAUGAGGUGGCCAAAGUAUUGGAGCCUCAGCUUCAGGAUCUGUCCUUCCAGUGAGCACUCAGGGCUGAUUUCCUUCAGAAUGGAUAGGUUGGAUCUUUUUGCAGUCCAUGGGACUCUCAAGAGUCUCCUUUUGCUGAGGAACAAACCAUUAGGUGCUAAUGGCAAACCAUCCCACAAUCUAAUACAGUGGAACCUUGGUUUUCGAACGUAAUCUGUUCCGGAAGUCUGUUCGACUUCUGAAACUUUCAAAAAACAAAAAUCAAAGGGUUGUUGGCAAAGCGAAUGGUGAAAAUGGAAAAAUGCACUGCAGAAGCCUCUCUUGAUAGAUUUAUUGCUUUAUUGUUUGGCGCCCAGCCACGCUUCCCCUGCGAGUCUCUGAAGCUUCUGCUUACGCAGUGUGGCUUUGGAGCGGUCGUAAAGCAAUUAGCAGAAUUACACAGCAGUCGUGUGUCGAAAGGGCAGUAAAUAAGUCCAGACGUUUCUUCUAUCCUAAUAUCUCUUUAUUGGAAACAUAUAGCGUAUUUACAAUCUCCAACAGCCAUCCGUGUUAAGCUGCAUCUUCUCUCUCUCCUUGCAGCGUCUGUACUGAAUGCUUUCGAUUUCCCCUCAGUACACAACAUUCCAAGCUGCUUUCCUCACGUCCUGGCUUACUUCCCUUGUAAGCCCGUCCCUUCAGGCUCGAGGCAUAGAAGGUUAACCCUUCACUACACCCAACAACUUCUGAGGCGCAUUCAAAAAAGGAAACAUUCACUUCUGGGUUUUCGGCGUUCGGCUUCUGCAACGUUCGGCAGCCGAGACAUCUGAAAACUGAGGUUCCAUUGUAAUACAUUCCAAUCUGCCUUCUAGAUAGUUUCGGUUUUAACUCAGCAUAAUGCUGCAGCUGUAUUUCAUGCCCAGGGUUUUGGUUUGCAGAGUGGGCUGAGGAAUUAACUCCUAGGAACCAGCGAUCAUUUUUUGUGUGAGCCCAGGCUGGGAUAGAAAAAUGCCCACAUUAAAAUAUUAGGUACCAUAGGAAGCCAGGUUUGAUAUCAUUCUAGACCUGGUCAUGCCUGAUCCUAGGCAUAUUUUUUAUUAUUGAGUGAAUGAAAAAUAAAAUGUAUGUAUACAUUUGUCAGUACAUGAACAAGUACUUAGUUAUGUGUUAAGUUUUAUUUACUUAUUUAGUCAUGACUGGCAUACACAUGCAUUCUAUAUAUAUAUAUAUAUAUAUAUAUAGGUUUUCAAAUACAAAACAAAAUCAUACACUCCAUACAUCUUAGUUACAUCUUAUUUCUCUUUUUUGACUUCCCUCAAUUUGUCUGCACAUCCUUCAUAUUUUUACUUUUGCCACAUUUCUACCUUAUUAUUUAUAUUAUUACAGUAAAUUCCAUCCUAUUUUUUAAUAAUUGUUUUAACAUUUUCCCAUCACAGAGCUUCAUUAAAACUUACAAACGUUAUCUGAUUAUCACAUAGUUUUUGCAAAUGUUCAAUAAAUUUUUCCCAAUCUUCUGUAAAUCUUUGAUCUCGUCAAUUUCGGAUCCUUCCUGUCAUUCUGCAUAGUCCAUCAUUUUCAUUCUCCAUUCUUCUAUCGUAGGUAGCUCCUCCUGUUUCCAUUUCUGGGCCAUCAGUAUUCUUGCUGCUGUCACUGCAUAUAAGAAUAACUUCUUUUCUUUCUUGUUUAUCUCAUUACCUGUAAUGCCUAGUAAAAAAGCUUCUGGUUUCUUAACAAAUGUAUAUUUCAACAUUUUCUUCAAUUCAUUAUAUACCGUUUCCCAAAAGCUUUUUACCUUCUUACAUUCCCACCACAUAUGAUAAAAUGUACCUUCUUUUUCUUUACAUUUCCAACAUUUAUUACUUGUCUUAUACAUCUUUGCUAGUUUCACCGGUGUUACAUACCAUCGAUACAUCAUUUUCAUCACAUUUUCUUUUAUAGUUGUACAUGCAGUAAAUUUUAGACCUUCUUCCCAUAGUUUUUCCCAAUCCUCCAUUUGUAUAUUAUAUCCUAAAUCUUUGGCCCAAUCAAUCAUAACAGAUUUUACCUCUUCAUCCUUCGUACACCAUUCUAAUAAUAUCUUGUACAUUUUUGCUAGAACUUUAAAGUCAUUAUUCAAUAUUUCUAUCUGAAAUUUUGAUUCUUUAUCGGCAAAACCCCUUUGAGUCAAAUCUUUUUUAAACAUUUCACUAAUUUGAAAGAAAUGCAGCCAGUCAUUAACAUAUUCCUUAAUUUCUUCAAAUGGUCUCAUUUUCCAUUUACCUUCUCUUUUAAUUAUUAACUUCUCAUAUGUCGCCCAUCCCCCCUUCAUAUUGAUUUUCUUCACACUCAUCGCCUCCAACGGCGAUAACCAAUAAGGAGUUUUUUGUUCCAACAAGUUUUUAUAUCUUUCCCACACUUCACACAUGCAUUCAUUUUGACAGGAUUUUAUUACUGUGGGAGUUUUUGUUGCUGCAAGAUGGAGUUACAUAGGUUGCCUGUAAAGAUAAAUUCAUCGGAGGAUAUGGACUACAUAAGUCUUCAGUCUUGCCUAGGAGAGUUCUUUCCCAACUUUCCAACUUUUGUAAAUUCUCUCUCUCUCUGCCUCUCUUUUUCUCUUUCUCUCAUUCAAAACACACGCGAUUUUUAAAGUUUUUAAUCCCUGGACAGAACAGAUUUUUUUAAAAAAGCUUUUUCCUUCUUUCAUGCUUUGGUCACUAGUGUGGAAUCUGCACAACCUGCAGCUGUACCUGCACACUGGGUGCACCCAGUCUGAGCCACCGUCCUUGACAAUCUGGUGCCACAUUGUGUGCUCAGAUCCUGUUUGCAUGGCUAAUGGGAAGAAAAGAAAACCCGUGCCCUGCAGGGGCCAAUGCGGAAUGCCCUGAUACAUAUGGAAAGGGCGGAAACAGAAAUGACUGCGACCACAGUGCUCCCAAAGUCUGGGUGUAGCCUCCUACACCCAGACUUUGUGUGAGCCCAGGCUGGUAUUCUCCCCCACCUUGUCUGUCAGCAAGUAACAUUUAAGUUUUCCCUCUUCUGCCUUCCAGGCUAAUACUGGAAGAAUGGAUGAUACUCAGGCACAGUGGAAAAUGGCUACUUGCAAUUUGGCUCUGAUUCAGGUAAGUAGAUCUAAACUUUUGCUUGAGACCUCUUUAUAGUAUUAGCCAAACUACACACCCUGCGGACAUUCUCACGGGUGCGUGGAGUGGUGUGAGCAGCAAGGCAAGGCUUAGGGUAUCUGCUCAUUGUGUGCUUUCAAAACUGUGCUUUACAAUCAGUGGAGGAGGCCUCGUUUUUCUGUACAAAAUCUUGUUGGCUGCACGCUUUUAAAGCCUAGCAAUUGCAACCAGAGACCAAAAUACCUAAGGCUUGAGCCUCACAUUCGCAGCAGUUUUUCUUCAUUUGUGUGCUCACGGUGUGACCUAUGUUUCAUAAAGGUCAGGUUUAUGAAGUCCCAGGUUUAGUGUACUGAAUAGCUCAUGUGGAAUCAUUUUGUGUACAUGUGCAUAGCUUGGAACUUGCUGGAUGUCUACAUAUAGUCUGGGAUUUUUCCAGUGUCACCAUCUUUACAGGAAUGUGAUCCUGCAUAUCUGUGCCCCUCUAGGAAUUAAUUGGAAUUCCUAUGCCGUAUGCUGUGUUCACUCAACAUUUAUCUGCAAGUUGAGGUAGAACCUCAGAUUUUCUUUUUUUGAAAAGUUAAUGCCUGUUCAGUUGAAUAUAUGUUCUGAAAUAUAAUAACUAUGAAAGCCAGCUAUUCAGACUAGAGAUAUUAAUAGUUUUCUAAAUAUUGAUUAGAUUAUUAAUUGUACUUAUCUCAUUACCUCUUCCUAUCUUCCUGGGCCUGGUUAUAAACCCAUAUUAAGAUUCCAGUCCUGAACAUAUUAUAUGAAAAUACGUCCUGUUGAAUUCUGGAAGUUUACUUUACACAACAUGCUUUGACUUAAAUUCCUACUAUUUUCAUUGCUUAAGGAAAUGCCCUGAAGGUGAUUGUUUAAAUUCGUUUUUUCAACCUGGUGUCCCAUCAACUGUGCCAGGUUGAUUAAGGCUGGUUUAAGGAUACCUUGUUCAGUACAUCUUCAUUUAGAUACCCUAAUAAUAGCAAUUGAACUGAGCUAUUAUUUGGUCACUACAUUGGUCAGCUUAAAGAAGUUAAUUUUCUCAACUGCCUUUUAAAGAUACAAGAUAAUGCAUUACAUUUUAUUGGGCCAAUGUCUGUUGGUAAAGGAAUUAUCAAUAUAUUAAUAAUAUACACAAUAUACACAACACUGCUUACCAGGGUUGAAAUGUAACUGUGUCACUCAAAUGUUUUCAUACUUCUUUAUCAACAGGAACAUCUGCUAACGGUCCUAAUGAAUUGGCCAUAUCCUCAUUACAGAUUUAAACUUCUCAGGAAACCCUAAGAUUGUAGUACUGUGAAGUGAGAAUAGGAAUAUCUAACAGGGAAUUCACAGCACCUCACAAAACUGCAAUUCCCAGAAUUCUGUGGGAGUGGGAUCCAUGGCGAUUAAUACGAUAUGAAAUUGAUAUGUUUGUAGUCCAGAGAUGCCCUGUCUGUUGAGUGCAUGUAGAAAUAUUAGGUAGAAUGUUUGUUUUCAUCCAGGAGGGGGCAGCAGUAAGCUUUUGUGAACAACCUAAAGAUGCCUGAAUUUUAAUACAGUAUGACACUCUGAGCGCCACAUCACACAUUCCCGUCUUAGAGAUUUCAGACCCGCAUCUUCCCUCACAAGUGUGUCUGAAACCCUGCAAAAGGGAAAACAUUUGUGAGCACAUGCAAACGGAAAGAUAGCUGGCAGGGAAAAGGUUUUGUGAGCACGUGCACACACACUGCUGCUUCAUUGCUCAAUGCCUCACUACCUCGAAACUGCUUUUCCUUUUUUGAAAAAAAGAAAUUUUGAGUCUUUCUGGUGCUUUUGCAUGUAACCUGCCAUUUGUUCCUGUGCUACCUUAGACCAGACGUCUGCAGGAAUGCUUGCACGUUGAUACCAGACGAAUAACUCCUGAGACUCUCUGUCCUCCAUUCUUGUUGCUCCACAGUUGCAGGCCACGGUGGUGGGGCUCCUGGCUGCAGUGGCAGCAGUCCUUCUUGGUGCCUUGACCAAAGGCUACUUGAAUCUGAAUGAAGCAGCCAUCCUGUGUGCCAGCAGUUUGACAACAGCGUUCAUAGCCGCCCUCUCACUUGGUGAGUCUUUGUAAACUACUCAACUUUAGAGUAGGAUCCAGUGUCUCUGGAAGCCUCUCUCUGUACCUUGCCAUAAACAGUCUCAGGUCCACUUGCUCUCUUAGAAUGACUACAGUGUUCAGGUAUGCUUCCCAGUAGGUUCGUCAUGACUGCCUAUUCACCUUGAGCCAGAGCUGUUAGAAAAUUGAUUGAUGCACCCCCAGCUUUCUGGCCUUUCACCCAAACCUAAUGUCCCACCUUCUGCCUUUCAUGGGAUCCAGUUGUCCGCUUAGAGCAGGGGUUGGCAAGGCUUACCGGGCAUGGGCCGCAUCAGUCCCGUGGAGAUCCUUCGUGGGCCAGACCAGCAUAGCACGCCAGAAAUCGCAUCUGCGCAUGUCCGUGGCGCUGGAAAUCGCUUCUGCGCAUGCCCAGAUGCCAAAAAUUGCACCUGUGCAGAAGCAAAUUUUGGCGUCUGGGCAUGCAACAUAAGUGAUUUCUGAUGCCAUGGACAUGUGCAGGUGAGACUUCCAGCAUCUGCGCAUGCGCAGAAGCAAUUUCUGGAGCCACAGAUGAGAGUCCCUGUGCCGCACUGCACCGGUUUAGCGCAGCGCUCGGGGACUCGCCGAGUGGGUAGUUCGGUUCGGGGGCAGCUCAUGGGCUGGUUAAACGGCCUCCGUGGGCCGCAGGUUGGGGACCCUUGACUUAGAGAAAACUCUUGAAAUCUAGAUGAGCAGUCUUAGGUACUAAGUGCGUUCCUCUCUCAUUUCUGAUCUUCUAACCUCAGCCGUCGUAAUAUGAUGGCAUUCUCUGUGCCGUGCGGAUUUUAUGUCACUCCAGAAAGACUGUUUCACGGUGCUUUUUGCCAAAUGGAGCCUGGCUGCUGCUAAGAGGAGAAGCUUGCAAGUUUUCCACAAGAGUGCAGCACAAGACCUUUAAAAAAGAAGGAAGUAGAUGGCGGCAUCAGAAAUGCUGGCACCCUAAAACACAAAGAAAUGAGGGCAACAUCUUAGGAUGAUGGACUGCUCCUUCCUGUUUGAACAAGGCAAGAUGGUUUUGGAUGCCAGAUUGCUACUCCUUUGUUUUCCUCAGUGAUCUGAGUGGGUAUGAAAAAGAAAUAUGAUACUAUUGACACAUUCCAUGGAGGAAUUUAUUUUGGCUCUGAUAGCGAAGUGUAUCUGCCAUGCAUUCAGGCGCCUUAUUCCUCCAAACAUCACUCGCUAGGGAUAAGGAACAAUGUAUGGCCCCCUGCCUUGGGAACUCAGGAAGCUGCCUUGUAUCGAGUGAUAUCAUUGGUCCAGUUAAGACUCAGUAUUGUCUACAUUGAAUGGCUGCAGCUCUCCACGGUUUCAAGCAGGACGUUUCUCCAGCUGUACCUGGAGAUUUGGACUUGGGACCUUCUGCCGGCAAAGCAGACUCUCUGCUACUGAGCCAUAGCCCUUCCCUGACUUCAUUAGGCCUGAAAGUGUUGCCAAUAGGAAAUGCCCAGCCCAUUGUGGUUUGCCAGGGCUUUCAAGCCUUUACGAAGGUCCAGUCAUUCUUGCAGUUCUCAGGGAUCUUAACUUUAGAACCCUCUUGUUUGGAAAGCUUUCAGGCACAGUGAAAGGGAGUCCAUUUGGACUGCAUAUUGUAUGGAUAUCUAUGUUUUACCUGGCCUCAGCUGAUGUCUCAGUCUCAGUCAGUUUUAUUGCACAUAGCCAAAGGCUGCCGCAAUGUACACAGAAUUAUUUGACAAUUAAAAGAAAAUAUACUGAAUUGGUAAAAAAAGACUUAAAACAUUUAUAUUAUUAAAACAUUACAUACUCUAAACAAAGCUAUAAAAGUACCCUAAUGUACAAAUAAAAACAUUAAACAAUAAACUUCAUAAGCUAAAAUCAUCACAUGGUCACUAAUGUUAAAAACAAUAUCAAUUAAUACAGUGUGCAAUUUAUACUCAGAGUUUGGUGACAAAGAUAGAGCAUAGCCUGAGGUAGAUAGAUAGGAUCAAAUAAAUUCAUCUCCUUUACAGUUAAUGGCUACCUUGGCUAUAUAAUUUGCUCUAAUUUUCCUAGCAGCAGUUGCAAAAGUGCUACCCGCCAGGUCACAUACUUAUCUGUGUCUGCAAGGAAAUAUAACAUCAUAUCAAGGGGGUUCUGGCCAGGGGACCCUGUCAUUAUAGGUACCAAAAAUCUUUUUCUUGCAUCAUUAUAUAACGGACAGUGCAAGAUAUAAUGCAUAAGGUCCUCUACUUCAGAACAUCCCCUAAUGCAAACACGUUCGUUUUUUGGUGUGCCUCUAUGUCUCCCAUCUCUAUAAGCAGAGCUUAUUGUAUUUAGUCGUAGCUCUGUAAAAGCUUUUCGAAGCUGUGCAAAAGUCAAUUCAUUAAAAUAAGAUAUGUGUUCGUUGACCUCUCUAAGUUUAAAAUACAAUGGGGCGCAUGUAGAUGUGCACAUAGAGUUUAGAUCGUUUUUAGUUGCCACUGCCCUUAUGGUUCGUUUAAAAAUAUUUUUCUGUGAAUGUAAGGGGAGUUCUUUAAUCUCAGUCUCAGCUGAUGUUUUCCCCUCUCCCCCUUGUGCAGAAGCCCUUUUCGCCCUAGCUUAUCUCCUCACCCCAACUUACUCCUGUAGUUAAUGUAACUCCUUUGGCUUGUUGAUUAUGGUUUGGAAAAUGUACAUUAAUACAGUGGUACCUCAGGUUACAUACGCUUCAGGUUACAGGCGCUUCAGGUUACAGACUCCGCUAACCCAGAAAUAGUACCUCGGGUUAAGAACUUUGCUUCAGGAUGAGAACAGAAAUCGUGCUCCAGCGGUGCGGCAGCAACAGGAGGCCCCAUUAGCUAAAGUGAUGCUUCAGGUUAAGAACAGUUUCAGGUUAAGAACGGACCUCCGGAACGAAUUAAGUACUUAACCUGAGGUACCACUGUAGAGGUUGGGAGGGACUAACUCCCCACCCUCCCCAAAAAAGAGAGCCACAGGCCCUGCCGGCUUCUUUUUCAGUUGCCAAAAAUAGCCUCCUUUGCUACUCUCUUUUCAUCUUCUCCCUUCAGCGGCUCUUGCUUCUCUUCCAGAUCCAGGCCUUUCCAUGCCAUCCUGGGCACAAGCCCUGGGCGAAUUUCAGGGCUACUGCUCCCUCUACUGGCUUUAGGAGACCUUGGCAGACAGGGAGUCUCCCUCACCUUGAACUGAACUUUCUCCAAACCACUUGUUUUCUUUUCUUUUUCAGGUCUGGUGAUGAUCGGUGUGAUCCUUGGUGCAAGAAAGGUGGGGAUAAACCCAGACAACAUUGCUACGCCCUUGGCAGCGAGCCUCGGAGACCUGAUAACGCUUUCCCUGCUAGCUGCCAUCAGCAGCACCCUCUACAAAUACAUAGGUACGUUAGCAAAAGGAACCUGGGAGCUCUGAAACCACAGAAUGGCCUCUCCCUAGACAGCCGCCCACGUUGGAAGGAAAGCAGAUUCCCAGGCUGCCUGGGGUCUGCAGGGCUGGACAGCUUUGUUCUGCCUGUUGAGAGAGCACCUUCAGACUCUCUGGAUCUCCUAGUUCAUUUAAAGUGGCACAGUGGGAUCCAUUUUGGUAACCAACAAGGGAAAAUCAGAAUUUGUGUAACAGAUCCAUCAAAACUCCUGCACUUGAAGCACCCUGUAAAUUAUCCAGUGCGUUCGCUUGCUCUUAGUAAGCUGACCAGAUAGAAAUAUUAGUUGUGUGAAAAAUGAAAUUUUGUAGGUUUUGGGGAGGGAAAACAACCUGCGGAGAUCCCUUCUUCUACAAAGGUGUUCCUAAAAGUAUGGCACCCCUGUUCUCUUUGGCCUUGAUGGUCCUCUCUCUACAAUAGGAUACCCUCAAUCUCAGUUAUCCCUUGUAUGUGCUCCCUCUUCAUAAAGAACCUCCCAGAUAGGAAAAGAUACCCCAUCACGAUGCAGCCUGCAUAUUAAGAGCUGAUACCAAAGUUUCCUAAUACAAGGAGCAGUUCCAAUCUGCUGUACAUUUUCACUAAAAUUUUAAAAUUGCCAAGGCAGUUAUUGUGUGACUGUCUGAGAGGAGUUUGUGGAAGGAUGAGAUUUUGGCUUAUGUUUUAUUUUCAGUUGAUUAAGGAUUUUUUUUUUCUUGGAAGUUUGUAGCAACAAGCUAACUGGAAAUUGAGAGCAGAUAAUGUGGGUUACUUAGUGGUUUCCUUUAUGUCAUUUUAGUAAGGUAAAGGGACCCCAGACCAUUAAGUCCACUCAUGACCGACUCUGGGGUUGCGGCGCUCAUCUCGCUUUAUGGCCGAGGGAGCUGGCGUACAGCUUCCGGGUCAUGUGGCCAGCAUGACUAAGCCGCUUCUGGCGAACCAAAGCAGCACACGGAAACACCGUUUACCUUCCCACCGGAGCGGUACCUAUUUAUCUACUUGCACUUUGAAGUGCUUUCAAAUUGCCAGGUUGGCAGGAGCAGGGACCGAGCAACGGGAGCUCACCGCAUCACGGGGAUUUGAACCGCUGACCUUCUGAUCGGCAAGUCCUAGGCUCUGUGGUUUAACCUACAGUGCCACCUGGGUUUCUGUUGAGGCAGGUGAUUAGCUGUGGGAGGAGCUUAUCAGAGCUUGCAGGGCAGCAGUUGAAGAAGGAGCAAAAAGGGUUUUCUUGUGUGUGUGUGUGUUUCUUUGUGGCUGAUUGGCUGCUCUCCCUGUGCAAAGGUCAGAGGGGGCAGGGUUUCUGUUGAGGCAGGUGAUUAGCUGUGGGAGGAGCUUAUCAGAGCUUGCAGGGCAGCGGCGCGCGCAGUUUGAUCCAUCUUUUAGAUUUAGGGAGCUAGUCUCAAACGUUUGUUGGGGAGACCUAGGUUUUUUGUGGGGGAGUUAUUUUUCCUGUCUUCACGCUUUUUAUGAUGGAGGACCGCUGUAGCCACCCCCAACGACACGUUCUCAAGAUGGAGGGGAGGGAACAGCUGCAGUCGCCUGCAGUUCCUGCGCAAUGUUUGCCAUCUUGCCAAAGGUUGCAGGCAGCUUUACCUGCAGCAAUUGCAUGUUGAUUGCCCUCUUAAAAGACAAAGUCCAGCAACUGGAGGAACGUGUAGCUACGCUCCAAAGAAUUAGAGAGCUGGAGCUCUUCUUGGAAGCAACAGAGCACACCGUCUCCACCAAGGAGGAGACAGGGGACUCCCUGAGAAGGACGCUAGUUCACCAACACAGGAGCCAGAUAUAUGGAGAAACGUGACUCAAAGAGGUAGGAGGCCCAGGGUUCGCUCUGAUUGUUUAGAAAUACACAAUCGCUUUGAGGUCCUCUCCCCUAGCAUGGAAGACGAAGAGCAGACUCCAUUUGAGGAUCUCUCCCUCAUUACAGUCGAUCAGGUAUAUGAAGAAGAGCAGCAAAGUCAGUCCUCAGGGAAUGUGCAGGCGACCUUGGAGCGGACAGCUCACGGAAGAACCCCGACCAAACCUAAGAGGAGGCGUGUAGUGGUGAUAGGGGAUUCCCUACUGAGGGGAACAGAAGCAGUGAUCUGUGGGCCUGACAAGAUGUCUCGGGAAGUGUGCUGUCUCCCGGGGCUAAGAUCCAAGAUGUAACUGAACGACUGCAAGGAAUCAUAAAACCCACUGACAAAUACCCCUUCCUCUUGGUUCAUGUGGGAACCAAUGACACUGCAAGCAAUAGCCUCCAGAAGAUCAAAAGAGACUACGAGGCUCUGGGCAGGAAAUUGAAGCAAUUAAAUGCACAAAUUGUGAUCUCAUCUGUCCUCCCAGUUGAACGACGUGGCCCAGGGAGAGAGGGGAAAAUAGUGGAAGUGAACAGCUGGCUUCGCAAAUGGUGUAAACAGGAACGGUUUGGAUUCUUAGAUCACGGACUGCAGUUUCUUGAAGAUGGACUUCUGGCAAGCGAUGGGCUGCACCUCACAACGGUUGGGAGAAAUGUUUUUGCCAAAAAUCUCAGAAACCUCAUCAGGAGGGCUUUAAACUGACUAAUGUGGGGAGGGAGACAGUGCUCCUGAAGGUAGGAGUCUAUCAACUGAUGAAGAUGAUCAUCCAAAUGUCAUAGACCAAAUGGAGCAAACAGCACACAGACCUAGUGGUGGGAGGAAAAAUCCUUAAAUAAGAGUCACGGGGAAUGAUUAAUGGACUUCAAUGUCUGUACACUAAUGCGCAAAGCAUGGGAAAUAAACAAGAUGAGCUUGAGCUCUUGGUACAGCAAACUAAAUAUGACAUAAUAGGCAUCACUGAAACCUGGUGGGAUAAGUCCCACGAUUGGAAUGUAAUAAUGGGGGGGAUACAAUCUAUUUCAGAGAAACAGACCAGACAAGAAAGGAGGAGGAGUGGCGUUAUAUGUCAGGGAUGUGUAUACCUGUGAAGAGAUCCAAGAUUUAGAACCUCAAAGCCAAAGUGAGAGCAUUUGGGUCAAAAUUAAGGGAGAGAAGAAUAACAGUGACCUCAUUGUGGGAGUUUACUAUAGAUCCCCAAGCCAAACGGAGGACAUAGAUGAUGCCUUCCUGGAACAGAUGGCCAAGCAUGCAAAAGGAAGGGAGAUAGUAGUAAUGGGGGACUUCAAUUACCCGGAUAUUUGUUGGAUGCCAAACUCAGCCAAGAGCAUAAGGUCAAACAGAUUCCUCACUGGCCUUGCAGACAACUUCAUUGUCCAGAAAGUGGGAGAAGCAACAAGAAGAACAGCCAUUUUAGAUCUGGUCCUAACCAAUGUUGAUGACCUGGUUAGUGGGGUAGAAGUGGAAGGAUCAUUAGGCGCGAGUGAUCAUGCUCUUCUGAAGUUUACUAUACAGCGGAAAGGAGCAGCCAAGCAUACUAGGACUCAAUUUCUUGACUUUAAGAAAGCUGACUUCAUAAAACUUAGGGAAGUGCUGGGUGAGAUCCCAUGGAAAGUAAUACUAAAAGGAAAGGGAGUUCAUGAUGGCUGGGAGUUUGUUAAGAGGGAGAUAGUAAAAGCACAACGUCAGGCAAUACCAAUGAGACAGAAACAUGGAAGGUGCCUAAAGAAGCCAGGGUGGCUAUCUAAAGAACUUUUAACUGAGUUAAGAUUUAAAAAGGAUGUGUACAAAAAAUGGAAAGGGGGGGAACCACCAAAGAGGAAUUCAAACAAAUAGCCAGCACGUGUAGACACAAAGUCAGAAAAGCUAAAGCACAGAAUGAACUCAGGCUUGCUAGAGAGGUUAAAAGCAACAAAAAAGGCUUUUAUGGGUAUGUUCGUAGCAAAAGGAAGAACAAAGAAACAGUGGGUCACUCAGAGGAGAAGAUGGUGAAAUGCAAACAGGGGACACAGAAAGAGCUGAACUCCUCAAUGCCUUCUUUGCCUCAGUCUUCUCCGAUAAAGAAAACAAUGCCCGACCUGAAGAAUUUGGAGCAAAUGAUUCAGCAAAGGAAACACAGCCCAGAAUAACUAAGGAGAUAGUACAAGAAUACUUGGCUAGUUUAGAUGUAUUCAAGUCUCCAGGGCCAGAUGAACUGCAUCCAAGAGUAUUAAAAGAACUGGCAGAUGUGAUCUCAGAACCACUGGCAGUCAUCUUUGAGAAUUCCUGGAGAACAGGCGAAGUCCCGGCAGACUGGAGGAGGGCAAAUGUUGUCCCUAUUUUCAAAAAGGGAAAAGAGAGGACCCAAAUAAUUACCGCCCAGUCAGUCUGACAUCAAUACCAGGGAAGAUUCUGGAGCAGAUCAUUAAGCAAACAGUCUGUGAGCACCUAGAAAGGAAUGCUGUGAUCACCAAUAGUCAGCAUGGAUUUCUGAAAAAUAAGUCAUGUCAGACUAACCUGAUCUCGUUUUUGACAGAAUUACAAGCCUGGUAGAUGAAGGGAACGCAGUGGAUGUAGCCUACCUUGAUUUCAGCAAGGCAUUUGACAAGGUGCCUCAUGAUAUUCUUGUAAAGAAGCUGGUAAAAUGCGGUCUUGACUAUGCUACCACUCAGUGGAUUUAUAACUGGCUGACUGACCAAACCCAAAGGGUGCUCAUCAAUGGUUCCUCUUCAUCCUGGAGAAGAGUGACUAGUGGGGUGCCACAGGGUUCUGUCUUGGGCCCUGUCUUAUUCAACAUCUUUAUCAACGACUUGGAUGAUGGACUCAAGGGCAUCCUGAUCAAAUUUGCAGAUGACACCAAAUUGGGAGGGGUGGCUAACACCCCAGAGGACAGGAUCACACUUCAAAACGACCUUGACAGAUUAGAGAACUGGGCAAAAACAAACAAGAUGAAUUUUAACAGGGAGAAAUGUAAAGUAUUGCACUUGGGCAAAAAAAAUGAGAGGCACAAAUACAAGAUGGGGGACACCUGGCUUGAGAGCAGUACAUGUGAAAAGGAUCUAGGAGUCUUGGUUGACCACAAACUUGACAUGAGCCAACAGUGUGACGCGGCAGCUAAAGCCAAUGCAAUUCUGGGCCUCAUCAAUAGGAGUAUAGCAUCUAGAUCAAGGGAAGUAAUAGUGCCACUGUAUUCUGCUCUGGUCAGACCUCACCUGGAGUACUGUGUCCAGUUCUGGGCACCACAGUUCAAGAAGGACAUUGACAAACUGGAACGUGUCCAGAGGAGGGCAACCAAAAUGGUCAAAGGCCUGGAAACGAUGCCUUAUGAGGAACGGCUAAGAGAGCUGGGCAUGUUUAGCCUGGAGAAGAGGAGUUUAAGGGGUGAUAUGAUAGCCAUGUUCAAAUAUAUAAAAGGAUGUCACAUAGAGGAGGGAGAAAGGUUGUUUUCUGCUGCUCCAGAGAAGCGGACACGGAGCAAUGGAUCCAAACUACAAGAAAGAAGAUUCCACCUAAACAUUAGGAAGAACUUCCUGACAGUAAGAGCUGUUUGACAGUGGAAUUUGCUGCCAAGGAGUGUGGUGGAGUCUCCUUCUUUGGAGGUCUUUAAGCAGAGGCUUGACAACCAUAUGUCAGGAGUGCUCUGAUGGUGUUUCCUGCUUGGCAGGGGGUUGGACUCGAUGGCCCUUGUGGUCUCUUCCAACUCUAUGAUUCUAUGAUUCUAUGUCAUUUUACAUGACGCAAGUAUGCUACACACCAGCAGAGAAAGGUGGCCUAAUAAUUUCUUCCCAUUUCAGCCCUCCUCCCCUUCAGGAAAAACAGGGAACCAAUGUAGCAUAAUAGGGCAUUUGACUGGGUCCACGGAAACAUAGUUAUGAAGCUCACUGGUAGGGAUUGGGGAUGGAUUCAAUUCAAUUCAAAAUGCAACCAUCCUUCAAAAUUUGCAGUACAGUUCUUCAGCCAAGUAAGGUAUACAAAAUGCAUAUACUGAGGUAAAGUUUGCAUUAAAAUGCAUAUAUACUAGAGGGACUAUGCUUUGCAAACAUAGUUUGGCAAAAUUUCAUACAAAAUGUGUAUAUUAAGAGAAAUCAACACCGGGGGGAACUGAUGUGGGAAUGUGGAGACCUGAAUUUAGAAUUGGAAAAUGAGAAACAGAGAAACCAAAGUGGGCAUAUUCACCCAUCUCUGGCUGCUGUGUAACAUUGGGCCAGUCCCUGCUCUUGACCUUUCUUACCUCAAAGGGCUGUUGUGAAGCUCCUGAGCGCCUACAGUGUAAGAGAGAACAAAUGCAAAGGGCUAGGGGGCUUCUUGUGUUUCUGAUAAUUGUGCGGACGAAGGAACAUUGACAGAACUAGCUUUUCUGUAGCAGUCCUAUGAUGUCAAAAGUAGCAUCUUUAAUCCCAGUUGGACCCCAUUCCCUGCUAAAGGUCUCCCGCUUGAUAGCUAUAUAAUUGUCUCUGAAAGCAGAGUUGCUUAGGAUCAGACACUCCCUACCUCCAGUUAUAAAAUCAAUCAGAGAAGCCCCCACCCCUUUGCUGUUGCUGCUGCACAGGCUUCCUGCCCUGUAUCACCUGGGGUGAUGCUAAGGGCUUUGAAAAUCCCAUGCUCCACCCCCCCACCCCCCGCCCCGAGAAAGGUGUGUUCCCUUUUUGGGUGACAUCCUUUGUGAUUUAUGGCAACUUUUGUGAUUAAAGGCUUUGAUAACUUCAUACUUGUAGCCUCAGGCUUUAACAGAAUGUUGUUUUGAGAGAGGGAGAAAAAAUAUAAAGCACAUUUCCAGAAUGCUUCAACUGCUCCAUUACCUGCAAAAUGUGUUGCGACUGGCCCAGCUUUGCACCAGUUAUGAAGAGCAGAUGGAGAGAGCCCUCUAAGAACGAUCAUUAGCAUAUCAAAAGGCCUGGCACAAUCCCCAUUGCUUGAAGGUGUUUCUGAAGCUUCCUUCCUUCUGCUUCUGAGUCAUCCUUGUUUUGUCAGAGCAGCAGCAUUCUCUCUCCCUCUUUCCUGACGUUCCCUGCACUUCUAAAGGUCACCCCAAGGUUGACUUAUUCAGAAGACAGACAGAAAUAAAACAACAGGAGCUGAUAUAAGCUAAAGCACGGCUAGGCAAACUAAGGCCUGGGGGCCGGAUCUGGCCCAAUCUCCUCCUAAAUCUGGCCCGCGGAAGGUUCAGGAAUCAGCAUGUUUUUACAAGAGUAGAAUGUGUCCUUUUAUUUAAAAUGCAUCUCUGGGUUAUUUGUGGGGCAUAGGAAUUCAUUCAUUCCCCCCCCCAUAUAGUCUGGCCCCCACAAGGUCUGAGGGGCAGUGGACCGGCCCCCUGCUGAAAGAGUUUACUGACCCCUGAGCUAAAGGGACAGGGGUGGGUGGGGAAGUAUAGGGCAGUAACUGCUCUAGUUCCAAGAAGCUGGCAUUCUAGUCCAUUAUCCCCUUUUUUGACAAGUCAGGUAGCCUCACAAACAGUCCUGGGUGCUUCAUAGAGAAGUAUAUAAAAGCUAGCUCCAGCCUGCCUGGCACAUAACAAAGUCGCCUCACAGCUAGAGAUACACAGCUGGAUUAUACCACAAUCUGUAUUUUAGGUAAAAGGAAAAACCCACAUAAAGAGGAUAACCAUCAAAAUAAUUCAGCAGCUCUGUGCCAUACAUUUGUUAGACUUCAAGGUUCCAUGUGGUUUUUUGUUGCCUUUGCUCACGAUGAGCCUCGUGGUCCCUUUCCAACACUACAAUGCUAUAAGUCAACAGACCAAGACAGCUGCUCCAUUUGAAACAACAUGAACAAUAGCAGCAUACGGUAUUAGGUCUGUGUCCGCUAUAAAUUCUAGAGUUCUUCAGGCCAGGUCUGGAACUUUUUACACAUGGUCUAACUCUUUGAAGCCGCGUCUAAAUCUCUUGCGAGGUCUCAGUAAUUGUCAAAGGGGUAGAAGCCAGUUUUCAUUACUUCAUUCAGUACUUGAACUGAAAUUCCUAUUCCGGAGCUCUUUUUCUCAAAUCGCAGCUGAUCAAAAUUUGGUAACAAAAGUUGACUUGUGUCAAACUGUCCUUAUAGUGUCAGAAAUGCUUGGUUGUCAGGUCUUCUCCCUUCAUUAAGUCUGAGCUGCGUCCUUCCCUUGACUGAACUCAGAAAUGCUCAGGUUUUUUCAUUGGUUCAGUUAGACGCUCCAGGGUCUGUUUUAUUUUUUUUUCAACAGUGUUGCUUAGUGAGCAGUGACUGUUAUGCAAUGGAAAAGGGGCUCUAGUUCCAUUCUGGUCAGCCCAUUUACUGUUAACACACAUAGUGUUCUUCAUUUAUUUUUACCUUUACCUUUACCUUUUCUUUUACCUUUAUCUUUUUUCACUUGUUGCUUGGUUUACUGUUCUCCUGCACCUUGCUUAAAAGCCUUAAAAAAACCCAACAACAGCUGUGUGCUUUUUCCUUUUAUGAAAGCUCCUUGGCUUCUUUUAGAAGGUAUCCUGUUUCCUCUGUACAGAUUAACAAGCUUCUUUUAAAUGCCGAGUCCUGCAGUAUGACAAAAUCACUUCUUGGAGAUGUGGUAAUGAACUUGUUCUGUUACCCCACAAGAGCAGUCAGUUAGGGUUUCUUAAUUUUCUACCUUUGGGUAAUUCUGCUUCCGCCAACUCCAUCUUGCCAAUGUGAUGAAGGGGCUUCUGUUUGAAGAUUAGUAGCAAAUCCAAUUUGUAUACUCUGGUGUGAUGCUUACAUCGAAAACACACUGACCCUGAAGUUAGUUGUGCUUAAUUAAAUUCCACUUAAAACAUCGGAUCCUAAGGAUCACCUUCUCCCAUGUGAACCUGGGCACUUGGAAGAGAAGAUAAUUAAUGGCGGCUCCUUAUGUCCUUGUCCAGCUCUGUUGCUUUGUUGCUGCUGGUCCUGUAAUUGUGUUACUUCAUUUAGGCUUCUAUAUAUGCUUUGGUUUUAUAUUGAUGUAAAACCCACUUGGCACAUCCUUUUGGAUGGAAAGUUGAGAUAAUAGAUUAAUUAUAAAGAAGGUCUGCUCAUGCAACAAAACGUGUCCCUUCCUCCUCACAUGCUCCCUAAAUCUAUUCCAGAGGGUUGGAGGGAGACCCAGAACAGAUUAAGGAGGUGCACAGGGAAAAGAGGGGAGAAAAGCCCUAUUUCACAAGCAGGCCCCCUUCUCUGCAUGUACCCCACUUGGCACUACAUUGAACAGAGCCGUCUUUCCAACUGGGCUUAGUGGUUCGUUGUGCCAGGGCGCCGGCCUCUCAGGGCACCCAGCGAGUGGGGGAGCUGCGUGGCUUUGCCAGUGGCCUCCCCUUUCCCUGCACACCCGCCAGCUAGGCCCCAUCAACAAUAUGGCUGGCCGGUGCGCAGCUUCCCUCCCAAGCCUCUGCGGGGAUUGCUCUCCCACAGCAGCAUGGGGGAGAGUUGCGCCGCCCCCAUGGCUGGCAGUGCGCAGCUUCGCCCCCCCCCAACUAUCCGUGGUAAUUUGGGAGUGCUGGGAGGAUAUUUGCACCCCAGUGCCGCAUCUGCUAAAGACAGCCCUGACGUUGAAUUCCAACCAUAUAAAUCAAUUACAUUUAAAAAUAAGUGUAACUUGGUCCAUUGGUUUUGAGGCUUUACACCCUCCUCUCCUGCCUGCUAGAGCAUGCUUACUAUUUUUGCUUUAUGUUUUCUAUUGUGGCAACCAAUGCAUUCCCCCCACGUCAGCUAAUUCUGCUGGCUGCUUAUAGAUGGCAAUGGAAGCAGGCAGUGAUGGAGGAUUGCUGCAUAAAAAUCCUAGAGCAAACAGGCUUGGACACUCAUCACUGCAUCUGUUCUUUCGCUUGAGAAAGUGGAAUGGUCUUCCCCACAAAGUUGUAUUCUUUCAGAUUUGGAGAUUCACACAUAAACUUUUUAAGAUGUGUUGUGGAAAGGGGGAUUAUUGAGUUGUCCUUGUCAUUGUUUUGAUUCUGUAUUUUUUGUUAGUUUCUUAUAUUGCGAUUUUAUAUUGUGAACCACCCUGAGAUCUAUGCCUAUAGGGCAGUAUACAAAUUUAAUAAAUAAAAAUAAAAUAAUAAUAAACUUUUCCUUUUCUUUGACAGAGGUGAGAUACCUGUCGCCCCUGAUCUGUGCCGUCUUCAUUGUUAUGAUUCCUCUUUGGAUCGCUAUUGCCAGGCAGAGUCCUUCCGUUGCUGAAGUCCUCAAGACUGGGUGGCAGCCAGUCAUUGUUGCCAUGGCCAUCAGCAGGUAAGCAUCGUGGGCUAGAGAUGGACUGGAAUUUAAGAGGUCUUGUCCCUGGUGCAAAUACGUCACUUCCAGGGACAAUUUCUUCCUGUGUAUUUGGUUUGUAGCUAACAUGUUCUUGGAGUGUGGAGCCUUAGGUAGCCCAAACAGUGCCAUACAUGCACAGGACGUGUCGGCAAGCUGGGAGAAUGUCCAGUGUUUACAGAGGUACAAUAAGGAAUAAUAAUAAUAAUAAUAAUAAUAAUAAUAAUAAUAAUAAUAAUUUAUUAUUUAUACCCCGCCCAUCUGGCUGGGUUUCCCAGGCCACUCUGAGUGGCUUCCAACAAAAUAUUAAAAUACAGUGGCCUGUUAAAUGUUAAAAGCUUCCCUAAACAGGGCUGCCUUCAGAUGUCUUCUAAAAGUCUGGUAGUUGUUCUUCUUUUUGACAUCUGGUGGGAGGGCAGGUGCGAGUCCCAACAGCGUGCAAUGAGGACAAUAUUCAGUAACCACAAGAUGCUGAUGGACUCUUGGUAUAAGCGUGAACCAGCCCCCAAACUGCUUAUGUGUAUGUGUUAAAAGAGACAAAUGAGGCCUGCAACAAAAUGUUGCAGUGUGCAGGCUUCCAGCCAUGUCCUUUUGCAAUAUAACUCUAUUUCCAUUGGCCCCCACUUCUUAAAAGGAAUCAGCUUGGAUAACUGCAUAAUGAGCUGAUUUGAACUGUAAACAGCAUAUCUCUUACUUAUUUUAGAAUUCAUUGACCAAACAACUGCUAUCUAAUAAUACACAGGCUGGACACACACGCAUAUUUAGGAUUAUCUUGGGAGGUCAGGGCAUGUGGAAAUGCAGCCAUGUUAAAAAAAAGGCAGGACCCAGCAUCAGAUGAUGCACAGGAAGAACAUACUUUGAGUAUUGACCUUGGCAGGGUGCCCUCUUGGCAGUUCCUCUGCCCUCAGGGGUUGGUGGUCCAAGAGAGGGCAGUCCCUAAGUUGUGGAAUUCCCUUCCCACAGAGGUGUGUCUGGCACCUUCACUAUACAGCUCCCUGCCAGUGCUGAAGAUUUACCUCUUCACCCUGGCUUGAGAUGCAUAUUGUUGCAUGUCACUCCAAUAUCCAAGCAGUGCAAGACUCCAGGGGUUCCAGGCGCUGACCCGAGGUCCGUGUUUCCUUUAAGAAAUGAGGCACAGUGGAGACUAUGAUGUCUUUAUGAUAUAUGGUUUGUUUACACAUAUAUACAACCUGAGCAUGCAAGGGAGAGGUUCACAACACUGACCCCCCCCCCCAAGGGUCUUGCGUCUCCCAUAGCUGCAGCUUUUGAUUCAAACACAGAAAUCAGCCAUCAUGCUCUGACCCUCUUUCCAGCUUGCCGACUUUAACAGACUGCAACCUUUUUUCUUAGGUCCUGUCAUAGGCAACUCUAAAGGCUCUUCUUCAAACUCUGCUUUGUUUCCAAAAACUAACCCUGAAUGGAGCGAAAGGUCACUUCCAUUUGCCAUCUGGCACAGAGCCCCCUCUAAUUUUGCUUUUCUAAUGGCUCCUUACCUUCCUUUUGUCCUCGUAAUGGCCCAUCACCCCAGGUGAUUUCUUGGUCAGGAAACUGAUCUGGCUUAUAUUUUAACAUUUGCCUUGAUUAAAUUCUAACCCCUACUGGACCCAGGAAUUUAGGGAAGUCUGGUAAUCAUGAACUCAAAACAAAAUUUUUACACCCCACCUUAUUUUUGUAUUAUUUGUUUUUUAAUAUUAGUAAUGUUUUUUAAUAAUUGUAACCUGCCAUGGGACCUUAGGGUGAAGGGCAGGUAAUGAAUUAUAAAAAUAGUAAGAAUAAUGCUGAUGGUAUGCAUAUUGCUAUGUGGAGAUACCUUCCAGAGUUAUAGUUCUUAUCUUGAAAUUUGUUCCAAUCACAUAUGUUUAUUCUUUUCAACUUUUCUUUUGCUUUUUAUGCCAACUUAGUUCAGAUCAGAUUUCUAACAGUCAUGGCAUGGCUAUAUUCUCAAGAAAAUACUCUGAAGCCGUAAAUGAUGAUGGUCCCCAUAAUAAAUGAAAUUUAUGGCCUUGUACUUGUCAUAUUAUUUAAAAUGAUAUGCUGUAAAGUGCUACAAGUUGUGUUUUUCAAUCUAUUGUGCUUGGCUGUUAGGUUCAUUAAAACAUUUUCCUUAUUGCUUCGGUGUUGAAGACAUUUCCUGAGUGUACAGGGGGGGAUAGAAUGUUUAAUAAUAAUAAUAAUAAUAAUAAUAAUAAUAAUAAUAAUAAUUAGUAUAUCUCCCUUUAUCCAAAAAUCUUUCCUGUUGUGGGAUUUCAGAGACGUACUAUUUUCCUUCAAGUCUUCCUAGUCUGGGAACUGGGGUGAAAUCUUUGUUAUCUUAAUAAAGUUGUCCGCCUGAAUGACAGUAGCAAAAGUAAGGAUUUCCACAGAAUAUUGCUGAAAAAUAUCAGGAUUAGAAGCAAAUGUAAUCAAAGAAGAUACUGAUUAUUAUACAGUCACUGAGUAGUGGGUUACUAACAGAUGAAGGAUGUACUCAUGUUCUCUCAUUUUUUAAAAACAGCAUCGGGGGACUUAUCUUGGACAAAACCAUAACCAAUCCAAACUUUGAAGGCAUAGCUAUUUUCACUCCUGUGAUCAAUGGUAGGUUGGUUCUUUUUUUUUCUUUUUCUUUUUAAGCAUGUCAGGCUGCAAGUGAAAUAUAUGUCCCUGUUUUCACCCUCAUCAUUGUAGGACUUAGAGAAUCCUCAUUUUCAGAUCCGUAAGCGAGACAAAUCCUGAUUGCCGCACAAAGGCAUUGUCUACCUAUAGUUGGAUAGACCAGAGACUUAAGGUCAGUAGUGGAGCACAUGUAUUGGCUGUGCAAAAGGUCCUGAUUCAGGCCCUGGUAUUUCCAGAUAGAGCUGGAAAAGACACCCAUGACAAUGCAAUUUAGUGAAGACAACACUGAGAUAAACAAUCCAUUGGUCUCACUCAGUAAAGCAUCUUCCUGUGUACUUAAAAUGUUAAAUUUCCAGUAGAAGAUUAAAUGCUUCAAAAGCUGUGUAUAGUACUUAACACUUUUGUGCUGGCCCUGGAAAUAGGCACAAGUGACUGGAGUAUUGGAUUUCUAGGGUGAGAUCCAAUGUCAGUCAUACUCAGGGUAGACCCAUUGAAAUGAAUUGAAUAGUCCUGGAAUUUCCCUUUCCGCAUAGCACUAACUGUGCACUGCAUCAUGAGAUACGGAAAUUGGUUUGGAACAAAUGUGGUUUUGAGCUUUCUUUAAAUAUAUGGAUAUAACUAAGGCAAAUAUUAAAACGUUCUAAAGAAAUAAAACACAAGAAUGAAGCAGAGGAUUGCUCCACUCUGAACUCAGGAACAGCAUUCAUGUGAACAGGAUUUUACCAAGAACUGUUGUCUCCAUCAAUGCACCAAAACGGGCAGCAUCAGGGAGCAUUCCAAGGAGUGGAAGAUCCCAGACAUAGAAGGCAUUGUCAGGUUUCCACAGAACUAACCUCUAUCUCCUGAACACGAAAGGUGACUUCUCCUUCCACUUCAGAAAGUUUACAUUUGUCUUGCAAUUUUACGAGGCCUUACAUACAUCUGAUUCACUCUUGGCUGAAUCCAGUGCCUCCAGAAGAACAUUGUGGCAAUGCUCUGCCACGCUUUGCUUUUAAAACUUAAGAGUCUUCUGGUUCUGUUUGUUUCUGAGAAAGGGGAUUGAAAGCAGCUGUUGGAUUUCCAGUGCUGCAGUUGCUGUGCCAGAUACGUCCUUGAGACUCAUUAUUGCCAAAGGUUUAUAGGACAAUUGCUUCAUAUAAUCUGAGGUGGUUGAAGACAUAAUGUUGCUGUAAAAUAGCCCUCCAAAGGGAGAUGUUCACUGGGGGCUUUCUCCUUUCAGUUACUUUAUGGGUCCUUUCUUAUGGACUCAGCUAUACAGCUGCAGGGGUCUUUUCCAGGGAGUCUUCUCUUCUCAUGAGGUGGCCAAAGUAUUGGAGCCUCAACUUCACGAUCUGUCCUUCCAAUGAGCACUCAGGGCUGAUUUCCUUAAGAAUGGAUACGUUUGAUCUUCUUGCAGUCCAUGGGACUCUCAAGAGUCUCCUCCAGCACCAUAAUUCAAAAGCAUCAAUUCUUCGGCGAUCAGCCUUCUUGAUGGUCCAGCUCUCACUUCCAUACAUCACUACUGGGAAAACCAUGGCUUUAACUAUACGGACAUUUGUUGGCAUGGUGAUGUCUCUGCUUUUUAAGAUGGUGUCUAGGUUUGCCAUCGCCUUUCUCCCAAGGAGCAGGCGUCUUUUAAUUCCGUGACUGCUGUCACCAUCUGCCGUGAUCAUGGAGCCCAAAAAAGUAAAAUCUCUCACUGCCUCCAUUUCUUCCCCUUAUAUUUGCCAGGAAGUGAUGGGACCAGUUGCCAUGAUCUUCGUUUUUUUGAUGUUGAGCUUCAGACCAUAUUUUGCGCUCUCCUCUUUCACCCUCAUUAAAAGGUUCUUUAAUUCCUCCUCACUUUUUUUCUAUAUUUAUUUCUAUAAACACUUUUCAAAAAAAGAAUUUUCAGAACGGUUUUUUACAUGUGUGUAGAUUCCACCUGAGUGACAGCCAGAAAUUAGUAGUAUUAUACAGUGUGCCUCAUGAGAUGGCACAGUAGAGAAGGAAAUGGCGUCAGGCCCUAGAGCAGGAAUCUGUGUCCCUCAAGAUGUUGUUGAGCUACGACUCAAGUCCCUGGCAAUGGGCCUGGGGGAAGUCUUAGUCUAACUACAACUGAAGGCUUCCAGCUUCACCGUCUUUCCCCCUAGAGGUUGUUUUUAAUUCAGCCUCUCAGUUUUAGCUUUGUUACGCUGUUCAAACACUCUGCGUUGUUUACCGUCCUAUCUCAUUUUAAUUGAUUGUAGUACGUUUUUCGCUCUGUUUUUCUUUUCUGCUUUGAACACCUCUUCCAGGUGUUGCAGGAAGUUAUGUUUUUCAUUCUGUUUUUGUUUUCUGCUUUGAACACCUCUUCCAGGUGUUGCAGGAAGUUGCAGGAUAGAAGUUUUGUCGCAAGUAAUAAAUAAGCUAGCGUGCCGAGAGCCUGUCAGAAUGCAAGGUGGCCCAUAUCCAGAGGAGACUAAUUAGAUUGAUGGUGCUGAACUUUUAAUUUGUCCUCUCAUUCCAUGGUUCCUUUCGUCAGAAUAGAAAUUGCUGGUACCGUAAUUACCACAGUUGCAGAUAUACUGCAGGUGGUUUCACAGCCAAGCACUGCAGCACCUGUUAGCUGUUUGUUAUAAAAGAACCUGUCUAUGCACAAGAGUCAAACAAGUUGUAUUAUAGAGCACCUGUGUUGGCUAUCUUAACUCACGAAUAUCCAGUAUGUGAUAAGGAAGGAGGGAAAUCUCUCUCUCUCUCAGAACUGGAAGUAUUUGGUUAUGUAUCUGGAGCAAGAGAAACAAAAGGAGAAGCCCUGUUACAGUUUGUGCAGUGUGACCUUGCAGCAGUUUUGCAAUUCCUUUUCUGGUAGUUAGAAAUUUGAGGAGGCCUCUGUCCCCUUAAAGAUUUACAAUGCCUGCCAAGGCCUCAAGGCAGUAGGAGCAGUUGCUGUGGCCCCUGUAGCUUCUUUCCAUUUCUCUGUGUAAAACCACAGUAGAGAUUGUCAUUGGAAGUCUACUCAGUAUCGAUCCAGAGUAGAUUCCAAUGCAUAAUUAGCCGAGUAAAAACUUAAACAUGUCACAGGAUUUCCAAAAAAUAGACCAGAGGCAAUUGUAUUUCAUCCAGCAGAGCUUUACUGUUACUGAAGGCAAAUGAGCGUAAUGGUCACAAAUCCAAAACAUUCAGGAUUGGCACUGUCCAUCCAGUUGCAGCAGACGUAACCUAAACACAAACUUAUAGUAAGACUAACCUUAACACUAUAUACUGAACACCACACCAGAAAGAAAAAGAGAGAGUGAGACCUAGGCUCUUUCUGGCCUCAUUAUUAUAGUCAGCAUGACCUUGACAGAAAGAGAUAACAGAUCCAGUUUAAACCAGCUGUACUCAGCUUCUCAGAAGGAAUAACCCAAACAUCAGUAACCUUCUGCUUGCUUCUUUCACACAGAGGAGCUUCCAGAACUCUCUUGAAUUAUGUAGAAUAGGAAAGAUCACUACACCAGAUUAAUACUUUCUGUACUGAGAAAUGCCAACUGACAGAGAUAGAAGAUCUUGGGAACUAUUAUUUUCCCACCCUGGCUCCUCUCUCACUUCCCCACCUCUAGCAGCUGAGCAUUGGCAUUGCUGGCCGUGCUUAAAGCUCACGCAGGGCAUUGUGAUCUGUACAGGUGUGCUUGUGCAGCUGCCAGGUAGGUGGUAGAAUUCUGGGGCAACACCAGUAGCAACAGAAACAGUUCUUCUUGUACAAAGCAUCCAUAGCACUAAUCCAGUUGUUGUUCUGUCAAUAUUCUAAUGCUUUGCUGCUGAUCAGGUGACAGCAGCGUUUCCUGCCUCACCAUCUGCUUGUGAGCAAUGCUCUAAAGGAUACUGAGGUAGAGAAGGCAAUGUAAGCCAGUGGCAGUAAGGCGGUUUGGUAGCUUAUAGGACAGACGUCUGCUUAGCUUUCAGACCUGUGGGAGUGCAUGAAUGGGUAUUGACUGAUUGCCAUCCUCCCAGUGUCUCCCAGCUAUUGAGGCUUAAAGGGUGUGUUCUGCUAAUUUUUUUGCUUUGCAGGCGUCGGCGGCAAUCUGGUAGCUAUCCAGGCCAGCCGGAUCUCCACAUUUCUGCACUUCUGGAGCAUGCCUGGAGUCCUGCCACACAAGAUGAGGCAGCACUGGCCAAAUCCAUGUACCACCUUCUUUAGUUCAGGUAAUCUGCUUUCUAGGUACUGGUGCCUAGCUACUCUCACAUCUAAAACCCCAGGGAGAACUCUACACUAGCCCAAAUUAUUGUUGUUAAUAAUAAUAUUAGUUGUAUUUAUUUGUUGCUUACUAUAAAAGAAGUCCCAGAGCAAUGUUCAGGGUUGUUGUUUUUCAAAAGCAGCAUACAAUAUCAAGUACACACCAGAAGAGUAAAAACACUGAAAGUGCUCAUCCUUUAGUAACAUAAGAGAGACACAUGCAGCCCCACACAGCUAAAACAUGGACACCAAUGGCAAACCGCAUAUAUAGGGGAUCUCCCAUUUGGGACCAGCUCCUUACUAGCGGACCAUUCCGUAUUCGCUCAGUAUAACCAGAGUUAUGAUGUCAUUUGCCUUUUCUCCUCUGCAGGAAUAAAUUCAAAGUCUGCUCGUGUCUUGAUCCUGCUAGUGAUCCCAGGGCACCUGCUGUUCAUCUACACCAUUCAUUUCUUGCAGGCAGGCCAUACGGCUCCCACCUUCACUUUUGUCUCCUUCUACCUGAUGGCUGCUGUUCUACAGGUAACCAGAAACUUGACUUCUUCUUUUUUUAGUAUAAGUUUGGGUUCUGCCAUGUGUUCCAGAGUCGAUCAGCCACUGUAGCUAUAUGAAUGCACCAGGGACAGACCCUGAUUUCUACAAACCACAGGCCACCAUCCUCAUCCCAGUCCCUUUUAGAUUUCUAAAUGUACAGCACCUGCUUGGAAGCCGCAGUAUCUUUUUAGUAGAGAUUUCUAGGGGAAACUGACUGAGUUAUCAGUGUAAAAUGCUGCAGGGUGGCAGAUUAAAUUCCCCCAUUUCCAGCUAGAACACAUUACCCUCUUUUCACACCUUCCCCAUGUCGCUAAGAAAAAUUAUCAGUCAAGCACCUUCCUUUUCCCAUGAUAUUUGAAUUGUUGAGUCAAAAUCUCUAUAACAGCUUGAAGUAAGGGGAGUUUGGGCAUUUAUGCCCUGCCUUUCUUCCAUCCUGGAACUGAUCAAGGUGGCAUAGAUAUGUUUCACACCUGAUCACCUGUCCAGGCACUGCUCAGACCGACAGCUGCUUAGUUGGCUUUAGGAAGGUGCUGGUUUCAUACCCAGAGGCUGCCAUAGCCUUCAUCCUUGCAUUUCGCAACCCGGCAACAGUUUCCUGCAGUAUAUUGCCCACAAUCAUCUACAGAGAAAUCACUCUGCAAGUGCCUCCUUGUGUGUAGGAGUUGUGUGAGAGUGGGACACCCAGUUGCACCAGUGUCUUGGUUGUGCAGGACCUCCUGUGCCACUGUUCUUCAGCUGGUGGGUCAUGGCCUGAUUCAAAGCGGGUCACAACAGAAGCACUGCCCCCAUGCAGACAGAUGGGAAAAGUUUGAGAAAUGGGUCCCCCAAGGCAUGCAUGGGCUAAAAAUGGGUCUUGGGUAUGAAAAAGUUGUAGAUACCUGCUCUACCCACAAGUAUACCGGGACUGCUCGUUAGACAACCCCAUGCAACCUGUGGCCUGCUCUGCGUGCCACACAGAAAUGCCAUCCCUUGUGAGUGGGACAUCAUUAUGGCUCCUGUGUCUUCCCUGUUGCAGCUGCCAUACCUCCCCCACCAGGAUGCAAUGACUUCGUGUUUAUCCUGAAACCAGACUGGGUGAAGGCAACACUGCUUCCUGCCCUCUGUCUACCUGCUAGUCUGCUUGCAGAGGGAGAGGGAUGGACAGAGCACACUUCCUUUGGCCCACUUCAUUCACUACUCCCCCCCCCUUGUGACCUCACCCUUCCACUUUAGCACGUGUGAAUGUGGUGGCAAAACUGGGUGGAGGGGAGAAUUUGACCCAGCCCUAAAUAUUCCUGCCCUCUAGGCUCCUGAGGUCCAUCGAAUCAAAGUUCCUCUAUGCCCCACUGUUGUUACCAAGUCCGGUGCCUGAGUAACAGAAGCCGUUCCCAGCAAAAUGGAAUGUGGCUGAUCUGCAUGCUGAUGGCCAUGUGGUUUCCCACCCCCUCUGCUUACAGGUGGCAAUCCUGCUGUACCUGGCUGACAUUCUUGUGCGGCUGUUCUGGAGAAAGGGCAUGGAUCCUGACAACUAUUCCAUCCCCUACCUCACUGCUCUGGGAGACGUCCUGGGCACUGGCUUCCUGGCCCUUUGCUUUCACUUGGUUUGGAUCUGCAAUGGGUUGAAGCCCAUACCAAAGCACUAAAGAGGACUUCUGCUGCAGCACUGACCUGCCUACUGUUUCAACAAGUAAAAUAUAUAUAUAUUGCUAUGGUGCUCUUGACACAGUCCAAACAGGGUACGAAGAAGAGGAUGUCCAGCUCCUUAAAUGGAAUGGCUUGGAUAUCCCUCCCCUUCCAUCUCAAUACCAUGUAGAUGUGAAGUUUGAAAGAUACCUACCAAUGAAAUGGCAUCAACGUGGACGCAGCUUCCGAAUGGGUUGUGAAACGCUGCUCCUGUCUACCUUCCUCUUGGUUAAGAAGUGUUAUUGAAAUGGCCGAGUCCGAAAAGCCCAUUGACGCUAAUGGGAGGCUGUCCACUGAUCUCAGUGGGGUUUAGAUUAUGUCCUAGAUGAGGAUGUUUCACUGUCUUUGCCAGGCAUCAGCUGGCAAUCAAAGAUGACAUUUUCCUGUCUGUAUUUCUUCUAUAUGUUCCCACACAGAGCGGGAUGGGGGAGAGAGAAUUAUGUCCAGGACUAGUCACACUCUGCACCAAAAAAAAAUAAAAAAUAAAAAUACUUUAUAUCCUACACAAAGGAAACCAAAAAAACUUUGCACCGCAAUAGCUCAGAUUCUGCCUCACAAUACCUCAUUGCAGCAUUGUAUAUAGCAAUUUAGGUACUUUACAUUUCUCUGUUUGCAUGCUGAUGCUUAAUUUGAGUGUUCUACAGAAGUUUCAGAGUGCGGACACUGCGGUAGCAGGAGUGGAGUAAAAGUUAAGAAGCGGGAGAAGGUGGCCAAGGAUGGGGGAAAUGUAGCUGGAAGGCAUAAAAUAGCCAGAACUGAAUAAUAAAGCUUCGUAUGGGCUGUUUGAAUGGUUUCAAACAACUGUACCCACCCAUAAAAUAUUGAGAGGCUGAACAGCUUCUCAUCCCACUCUCCACGCCAGUUGUCCCGUCCAAAACUGCUUUCAGGGUUUGUGCAAGGAUACUCAUAGAUUAAAUGGCCAGCUCCGCUGAUGGACUUCGUAAAUACUUCUUCAGUAACUGAGAUAGUUCCCUAGAGUGGGUUCUGAAGGCUCAUCUGGGGGUAGGGGUGAGCUUUCUGUAUUCUGUAUGGAAGUCACUGUCCUGGGGAGCAAUAUGCUGAUAGUACUCAGCACCUUUUAAGAGUUCUGUGCCCAUGGAUUUUGUCAAAUCACUUGUCCUUCCCAAGGCAGGAAAAUCAGCCGUGUUUAUCCCUGGCACAGUGCUCUUAAAACCCAGUGAGUAAUUGCUUAAGGCUUGCAACAGAGGCUGAGCAUGUUUGGCUUUCCAGGUGUUGUUGGUCUCCCAACUCCCAUCAGCCCCAGCCAGCACAUCUUUGUAGCCCAGAAGCAUCUGGAGGACCACAGGUUACCCAUGCCUGUCGGGAAGACCCAAGGGUGGAUUUUCACCAUGUCAUCAGCAUCAGUGCCAAGCGUGAUAGAAUUGUCAUUCUCUCUCCCUCGUUUUUUGUUUUGCAGUUUCAAAUCUCAUGAGUUUUUAUGGUUUGUAGAAACACCCACCCACAUGUAAAAUAAAAGUGUAAAAAUGGUUCAUGUUUUGAGAGUUUCAUUGUGGGUCCUGGUCCAGGACUGGAACAGUAUAUAUGGGAAAUACCUACUUCGGGUAUAGAUGAGGAAGCCUUCCCUUCCAAAUGAAGGAUAUAAGUUUGGUUUCCACAUUUUAGCCAUGGAAAAUUAUGCAAGUAAAACCUCGAAGUAUAUGUUUGAAGACCAAGAUGUCCAAUCCAUUGUGUCUUCCGGUCAGUUCACAAAUUGAAAAUGAAAAUAAAACAAGCAAGCAAAAGCAAUAAACAGAAAAAGCUAUUAUCUCAACAAUAAUGGUAGCAC